CAUGAUAACAACAGACCAAGUCGAAUAAAGUGCCAUGAGCGCGCCCCAAAGAGACCCGGGGGAGUCGGGGGACGACUCCCCCGCGUCCGGAAAGCGACUCAAGGAGACGGUGAGCUUCUACGAAAAAGUGUGGACGGGCAGGGCCGGUCCCGGAGGCGAGGGUAUCGCGAUGGACGUGGACCAGCUGGAAAGGCGGCUGGCCGAGGAGAGGGCCAGGCACCUGGAGGCUGUGAGGGGCGAAAGUAGCCCCACGCCGACGUCCCUGAGGAAGGUGACGAGGAAGGAGGAGAGUCGAACGGGUCCAGAAGAGAGCUUUCAGGAAUCAUACACGUCCACCACUCAAGAGGGCGAUCCCACUUCUGGCUUGCGCACCGUUAAAUUCGAAAAAAUGACCGUGCGCAAAACCGUCCGCCACAUCACCUCUUCCACCAGCACACAUUCCAUCAAGAAACAACUCACUUCAACAAGUCGCACUCCUUCCGAGGAACGUAUCGACGACUCCGACUACCUCACGCAGUCCAACGGCAAUUUGGCCUCCACGUCCAAAACCUCCAGCCAAUCCUCACUCACGGGGAGGUUUCCCUCUGAGGAGAGUCUGGGGAGGCCCGCGUCGAGAGAGGGAAGUGCUUCCAGGCAUGGGGACGAGUGGGAUAGCGACAGGAGUAAUAGUAGCAAGGUAACGAGUUCGGGUGCGGAGUGGUAUAGUGAGUACAGGACUCAGAGUUUGCACAGUGGGUCGAGUAGGCUGGAUUAUGUGAGGAGCAAGUCGCAGUACGAGGAGCAUAUCGACAAUAUUAGAGAUGAACAGGAGAGGGUGCAGAAAAAGACGUUUGUCAAUUGGAUAAAUUCCUAUCUAGCUAAGCGAGUUCCUCCUUUGAAAAUUGAGGACUUGAUAGAAGAUUUAAAAGAUGGAACUAGACUGUUGGCACUUUUGGAAGUUUUGUCUGGAGAAAGACUGCCCGUGGAGAGGGGUCGAGUCCUUCGCAGACCGCACUUCCUGAGCAACGCCAAUACGGCUCUGCGCUUCCUGCAAGGGAAACGCAUUAAAUUAGUGAACAUCAACGCCAGCGACUUGGUGGACGGGAGACCACCGGUAGUCCUGGGACUGAUUUGGACCAUCAUCUUGUAUUUCCAGAUUGAAGAAAACAGUAGAGCCUUAGAAUACCUAGCUCAAUGGGGUAGUUCCAGCAGUUUGGAGAGUGCUGGAACCACUUCAUCGAGGGACAAAUGGAAGCAAGGUGCUAGGAAGACACUUUUGAAUUGGGUGUCCAACGCAUUACCAGAUGACUCAGGAAUAGAGGUUAGAGACUUCGGCGCCAGUUGGAGAGAUGGCGUCGCUUUCCUCGCCAUCAUCGACGCCAUCAAAAAGAACCUGGUGAACAUCGCCGAGAUGAAGAAGGCCUCCAACAGGGACCGUCUGGAGACGGCCUUCGACGUGGCCGAGUCCCACCUGGGAAUCCCCAAGAUUCUCGACCCCGAAGACGUCGACGUUCCCAAGCCCGACGAAAAAUCGAUCAUGACUUACGUCGCACAAUUUUUACACAAAUAUCCCGAACCGAAAGCUACAGGGCCUGAUGCUAUAGCCGCCAUCCAGGAACAAUACAGCGAACUACUCUCGUGGCUGCUUAAGAAAACCCAACACUUAGACCACCUGCAACAAACCAACUCAUUACCUCUAGACUAUAACGAAUAUUCAGCUUUCAAAGCCGAAGUGGACGACCGACAAAAACUCUACACCCGACUGAAGAACCUUAUUGAAUCCCAAAGCCCAGUUUCUAUCGCCAAGGAGUCUUGGUCGGAAGUCACUAGACUUUGGGACAAGCUCCAACUUCAACUUUUGUACUGGCUGUGGCUGUUGGACUCUAGAUUACCUGGAGACUUCAAGACUAUCGGAGAAUGGUUGGCCAAGGCCGAGAAGUUGUUAUAUUGUGACGAAAUUCCUACCGUGAUGAAUGAAGAGACUGCUACGAUUAUUAGUAGGAAGUUAGAAGAACACAAAGCGUUCUUUGCGGAUUUGCCCGCGGUGGAACAGAGAUUCGCCAGAGCGCGCCAAAGUCCCCUCGCUAACGAAGUGCCUUCCGAACAGUUGAAUAAUAUGGCUGUAAGACUGAACGAGGUGGGACCUAAGGCGGCUCAGAGACGGGUCAGGCUCAAGUUCCUCGAACACAAGUGUUGCCUUAUCGCAUUCUUACAACUGACAGAAACGAAACUGAAGUCGUGGACUGCCAAAUACGGACGCGUCGACAAAGUCGUCCAACUUCUCGACCAGUACAGGAAUUUUGUGUCGAAGAAUCACAUUUUCCAAGAAUUCAACAAAGCCUUUCGUGAUAUGCAAGCUGUUAUAGAAGAAUACAAACGUGAUGGAAAUAUUGAUAAAAAAGAGGUUGUGGAAAUAGACAAGUUUAUGAGAGACAUAGCCGAACGAUGGAAGAACGUAUCCAUGGAGCUAAGAUGCGUCCAAAGUAUGUUAGAAGAAGUAGUCGCAUACUGGAGACGAUGGGAUUCUUUAGCACCAGAAUUUGACACUUGGCUCAACCAAGCCGAACAAGCAAUGACAUUGGACGAAGAAGGGAAAAUGGAAUUUUUCCAAGACAUUACAGUAUACCGAGACAAAUAUCAACUGCUAGGAGAUACAGUCAGUUUCCUAAUAGCCACUGUUGAAGAUCCCAUCGCAGCCGAACUGAGAAACACAUAUCAGAACAUGACUGAACGCUGGGACAAAAUAUACCCUCACAUCAACAAGUACAGCCACGCGGGUGAUAUUCUAAGAAACCGUAAAGAUUUCAGAGCCGGAGUUGAAGUUUUAUCAAACUGGUUAAGAAAAGCCGAAGAAACUCUUAACGCACCCAGCUUAGGAUCAAUGGAACGCAUAAGAUUACACAGAGACACCUUAAUCAAGCUUCAAUCCGAAGUUGAAGAAAUCGAAAACUUAUUUAAGAAUAUUAGCAAAGCUUUCCAGACAUUGAUUCAAGAUCUAUCAAGAGACGAAGUGGAUAAGAUGAUGAACACGCUUAAACAAGAAAAGGAAGCUUUAGUGCGAGUCAGGGCAUUGAUACCAGCUCAGAUUCAUUUAUUUAAUCAAUUACUAAUCCAACAAGAGUCUCUGGAAGCUGGACAAAAAGAAAUUAAUGAUUGGCUUGAUAACGCAGAAGGUUUACUCAGCACCUUAACUUUAGAAGCAGAUAAAGAACAAUUAAAGGACCAAUUAGAUAAAAUUAAAACAUUUUUCACUAGGACGUUGUAUUAUAAAUCUAUGCUAGACAGUAAAAACAAAGUACUGAAUAAUAUAGUAAAGUCUGUAGAUAGAGCUAGUAACCCUGACAUAAUUCAAAUGACGGAGAAUAUGGAACAACUAAACGAUAGGUUCGCUUAUGUCACUCAAAACGCACAAAUUUGGGAGCAGCGCCUUCAGGAAGCAUUGAGAUGCUGGUAUAAUUUCAGUGAAAGUGAGAGAGUAAUAUCAAACUGGCUAAAUCACGCUGAAAAACUAAUAUCUGAAAAACGGAUAGAUAGUAAAAGUAUCGUAGAAGAACAUAAGAAUUUCUUUGAAUCUGUCAACGAGCGAUGGAUUCACGAAUUGGUCCAAAGCGCACAAGAUUUGUGUAAUUGCCUUCCCAAAGAACAACACAGUCCUAUUACCUCAUCUGUUCAUCAUCUUCAAAACAAAUGGAAAGAGGUACUUUCAUUCGCUCCACUUCAUUUAAUGAGACUCGAAUUCCGGUUGGAUGAAAACACCUUCCAGUACUAUAUCAAAGAACUGGAGAAAGAAAUCCAGAAUGAACACCUUGCAGUGAACAAGCAAGAAAACGUUGAGCUGGUAAUCGCCAGACAUAAAGAUUUCUUCGGACCUCGUGGCCCACUGUUCGAAACUCAGAAGAGUUUGAGAAAUCUAGAACAAAUAGCUCAAGUAUACUCGCAGAAUUGUCCCGACGAUAAAAGUCUUCAAGAAUCGCUGAAGAAAGCUGAAGAAUUAUGGAAGAAUGUUAACUUGAAAAUAGAAAACGUACAGCAGCAAUUGGAGAGGAUUCCUCAGAAGUGGGAUCAAUAUAGAAUCAAAUUUAGCGAGAUGGUAAGGUGGAUGGACUCAAUUGAUGAUGCCUUGAAGAAUAUUUUAACUGAUGUAAGCACACCAGAAGAAUUUGAUAGAGAAAUUGCGGCUUUUAAGGCUAUUUGCCAAGAAGCUGACCAAAAAAGGGAAGACAUGAAGUGGCUGGUUCAAACCCUUGAUUAUCUCGUUUCACAUUGUCCAGAAAGUGAAGCUAUUGCAGAACAAAAAACACUGGAGAACCUAAUCUUGAGAUACAAAAAUCUCAUACCAUCGUUAGAGAUAACUAUGACCAAAACUGAAACUAUGUCGAAAUGUUAUACUUAUCGCAGAGAAGUACGCCAAAUUUGCGAAUUACUGAAGCAAGUUAGGGAGCAGUCAGCGCCACAACCACAAAACCUCGAAAAAAUUGACGAAAGUGUACGUCAACAAGAAAUCACAGUAUCACAAUUAGAUGAACAACGUCCCUUAGUUAUGACUAUGUUGCAAAAAGGCAAAGAAUUGAGCAGGGAUGUCCACGCACCUAGUUUUGUUUCUGAUGAAGUUAAAACACUUGAAACUGGAUGGACUGAAACAUACAGUGAAAGCGUCUCGAGAUUACAUCAACUUAUAAGCACCCAGCACACCUACAGAACAUACAGGGAUCAAAAGAAAGAAAUUACUGGUCUUCUUGAACGAGCUGAACAAGAUUUAUCAAAAACCACCAAGCAAUUGAGUAUUGAAAAUUCUUCUAACGAUAUUUUAUCGAAACAACAAUUAGUGAGAUCUCUACAAGAAGCCAGGGAAGAGCUAGCGCCUCUUAAAGAACUGACAGCGAAAUUAUCCCAGGAAGCAAUUGAACCUCAAAGAGCACUGCUUGAAAAAGAGGUACGUGAAGUUGAACAACGCCUAGAUACAACUACAUCAAACAUAUUAGAGCAGAUGACGUUCUUGCAACAAUACACUACCAAAUGGUCAGGUUUCCAACAGCAAUUUGGACAAUUGAAAAACUGGUCCGUUCAAGAUGCACCUCAACUAUUAUCUUCCGCUCAUGAUGUUAAUAUAACCCCUGAAGACAGGUUGGAAAAGACUCAAAAACUUCAAUCAGAAAUAUCGAACAAGGUUCAGCUAAUUGAAAACCUAAAGAAAGAGGGUUCGCAAGUUCUUGUUAGUGAUUCUCCUGAUGCUCAGAAGUUUAAGGCGGAAAUUGUAGCUCUCCAAGACCGUGUUUCUGCUAUCAAGCAGUCUGCCGAAGGACAAGCAGCGCUCGUGUCAAAGGAUCUGGAGAAUUGGAAAACAUACAAAAGCAGUUUAGAAAAAAUCGCACCUGUUGUCCAAAAAGCAGAAUUAAAAAUUCAAGAGGGUGCUCCAAAACCAGCAACGCUCGAAGAAGCUGUAAGACUUCAGUCAGAAACGAAAACUUUCUCGCAGGAUUGCCAAGCUCAGAUACAGGAGUUAAGAAACAUCCAGGACUUAGGACACCAAAUUGCUACAAAGUCAGGGGCUCCCGAUGAAGUAGACUCGAUCAGAACAAGAUUAUUUACUGUUAAAGAAACAUCGAAUCAAUGGAACCAAAAACUAGACAAACUUGUUACGAAUUGGCUUGACUUCGACAAAAACGUACAGCAUUUGGAGAACUGGAUUGUGUCCAACGAAAAAACCCUAAGCGAAACCAUCCCGAAUCUAAGCACACCAAAUAUCGAUAAGCUCGAAAAAGAAUUGAUAAGAUUGAAGCAAUUCAACAACGAAAUAUCCGAGCAACAAGCCAGGUUAAUCAGUUUAACACAAAGCUCGGACAGCAUUAGCUAUAACAUUGCUCCAGAGGGAGCCAGUUUGGUUAAAGAUCAAGUUCAAGCCUUAAAAACUAAAGUAUCCACAUUAGCUGAAGGUGUACGUGCAAGAAUUAACGACGUUUCAGAUGCUAUCCUAACCAGACACGACUUCCAAUCCAAAGUCGCUGAUUACUCAAACUGGCUGGAAUCGAUGACAGCUAACGUAGCUCAGUUGGAUGAGAUUCCAGCUAAUAAAGUUGAUAUAGCUAUAGAAAAUAUUCACGCUCUUCUUCAGGAACACUCCGAAAAACAACCGGUGUUGAAUAAAAUAUAUGAAGAAGUGAAGGAAAUGACUCUUAAAGCUUCCAAGCAAGAAGCUGAACCUCUUAAUACAGAAUUUACGCAACUAUCCCAAACAAACCAAGAUGUUGAACAUAAACUUCAAAGUAAAAUGACUAGUUUACAAAAAUGGAGUGAACUACUUAACUGGCACACAGAUACAAUUAACCAACUUAACCACUUGAAAUAUCAACUAGAAAACGAGAAUUGUUCUCCGGAAAAAUUGCAAAAUAUGAUUAAAGAAUCUAAUGACGUCAUUGAGAAGAUUAUUACAUGGAAGCAAUCUGCUCCGGCUAUUGACAGCAGUCAAAUAGUGACGAUAUUGGAUAAACAAACUAGAUUGCCCAGAACAGCUGAAAACAUAGUAAGAGAAGUUGAAGUAAACGCUAUAAACUUAAAAUCAAAGCUAGCAAAUCAGCUUGACGAAAAACAGAAAGUAAAAUCUCACUGGGACGAUUUUAAGCAUCUACAACUGAAAUUAAUAGAUGACUUAGGGAAUACAAAGAUUGAACUAGAGAAAAUUAAAAGCACUGUUAAACACUCCAGUGAUUUACCUCAUGCAGUUGAAAAAUUACAAAAAUUAUUAGACAGUCAAAUAGAGAAAUCUUCUCGAAAGGAAGAAUUAAGAAAAGAUGCCCUACAGUUAAUGAAAGAAGACGCUCAGCAAGUCGCUGUAAUUCAAAAUACUGUGUCUGACAUUGAAGGCCAGUGGAAUAAAGUAAACGAAGAUAUCAAAGAAGAAAAGAUGCAUUUAAGCGACGUCAUUCAUGCCUGGAACGAAUUCCAGGAAUCUAAAGACCAAAUCGUGACGGAAAUCGGUAAAAUCGACAAGUCUUUGGAAAGUUUCGAAGUCCCCACUGACCUCAUUCACGCGAACGUUAACGGAGAAAAAGCUAAGAAAGCUCUUGACGCGAUCAAGAAGACUAAAACACUGCUAGAUAGAGUAGACAAUAAGGGACAGGCAAUUAUCAGAAAGACCGAGAAAAUUCCAGGAAUAGAAUCGGAAGUAAAACGAGACUUACAGAUCGUGCACGACGUUUGGUCAAAAAUAUACGAAAAGAUCGUCAAAACUGUCAAUUCUACUGAAUCUCAAGCGACGAUAUGGAGGCACAUUGAUGAAACCAAAACAACACUCUUACAGUGGCUGAGUAAUCAGAACAGUGCUAUAGUUUCGGCAGCAGAGAAACCAAACGAAACAGAAAUAGCGACAUCUAAGUUGAACAAAUACAAGGAGGAACUCCCUGCUCAUCAAAGACUGUUUCAAAGUAUUCCUCAUAAGUAUACUCAGCUAGUAAAACUAACAGAUGGUAAAGAAAUUCCAACUAUACAAACUUUAAUCAAAUUACUAGAAGAACAAUUUGUUACUGUAGCUGAAAACGCAAGUAAAUUAGAGACUGUGACAACUACAUUCGUUGACCAAGAGAAAACUAUUAGAGAUGAUAUUAAGACUGUUAGUACGACUUUGUCAAGCUUGCGCGAAGAAAUCAUUACAAACGAAGAUUUCUCAGGGGACAAUAUAAAGAUUUUGGAAAGGUUGUUGACUAUUAAAGCACUGUCGAAGGAUUUAGAAAGCCAACAACCCAAUUUAACUAUUAUCGAUGAAAAUAUUAGGAGGGUAGAACAAGUGUAUCCUUCAUUUAGCGACAGUACAGUUAUCAAAGAACAAGAAGCUCUGAAAAAACGAUACAAUAGUAUUGUAGCUCACGCUAAUAAAAUUGACAAUUCUCUAUCAGCGUUUCUUAAAAAAUUCCAUAACGACAAAUACGCUGCUCUUCAAAGAAUUAUUUCAGCUCAAAGAGAGAAAAUACAGUGGUGCCUACCUGACACUUCUAGUGAUAAGUACAAUUUGCAAGUUAAACUUAAUUCACUAACUGCAAUUGAAAAUGCCAUUGAAGAUUGCCAAAGUCGAAUGAAUGAAUUAGAGAAUUCAUUACAAAUGUUGGCACAAGUAGAAUCACCUGAAUCUGUUAAGCUUUUAACAGCAGAAAAAGAAUAUCUUUUAUUAGAGCUAAAUAACCUGAAACAGGAGUUCGAUAAAACUAAAGAAGCUCUCAGUAAAAAUAUCGAUAUCCAGAGUCAGUACGAAGAAAUUGCUGAUAAAAUAUCUAAUUGGCUUAAAGAAAUGGAAAACAAAGUAAAAUCCGAAAGCUCCGUCCAAAUGAAUUUGGAUAAUAUUGAUACAAAACGUGAUGAUAUUAAAAAACUAUAUUCUCAAGUACAAAAUUUCCAAAGUGAAAUAACGAAACUAAACGAAGUCAGCGAGGAAAUCAUUAAAACAACUCCAGAAACUAGAAUUCCACAAUAUGUCCAACAUAUCAAUUCUAGGUAUAAUUCUCUUACCAAGUUUCUAGAAAACUAUUUAAAUAAAUUAGACGAACUUGACAAAUACAAGCAGCUCUACAGAAAUAGCGUUAAUGAUUUGGAAAACUGGUUAGAUCAAGCUAAUGAAAAAGUAAAAUCUUUCUCGAAAACAGCCCAAAAACCAUCACAAUCGAUGCUGGAAGAACUUAAACGAUUUGGAUCAGAAAAGGAAAAAGGCCAAGAAUUGUUGGGAAAAGCUAUAAUUCACGGUGAAGCAUUAUUCAGCGGAAUAACACCAGAAAACAGAGACGCUAUCAGAACAGAACUACGAACUUUACGAAACAAAUCGGAAGAUCUUAUCGAUCAAGUUAAUCAGAUCUACAAAAACGUCGAGAACGCCUUGACUCAACGCCACUCAUUUGACGACAGUCUUCAACAAGUAACUUUAUGGUUGAACGAUACUCUUCUAAAAUUAUCCGAUCAACCCAAGCUGGAUGCUACACUUUUGGAUAAAAAACAAACUUUGCAUAACUACAAAGUAAUAGCGUCAGAUAUCAACUUACACAAAAGCGUUUUACAGCAACUUCAAGAAAAGAUUUCUCAUAUCUCAGAUUCAGAUGCUGACAAUAAACUUAAAGAUAAUUUACAGAAUGUCAACAAGUUACUAAAUGACGUUAAUAAAAGAAUACAGCUUUCAGAGGGUUAUGUAAGUAAUCAUGAAGCCUUUAACCAAGCUAUAGAAAAAUGUCAUGAUUGGCUAGCUGCCCUCACAGCAGAAGCGACGCUUCUUGUGGACGAAUCAUCUAGCGAACCGAUGGACAGUAAAUUGACUAUAGUCGAAAAUCUUCUUGCUCAAAAAGAAGAAGGUGAUAAAAUUAUUGAGUCUUGUAGGGCUCAGUUAGAAAGUGUUUUAUUAGAGACCGCACCAGAAGGACACCCACCUUUAAUUAACAGUUUUCAAGAUCAACAAACAUCGUGGAACCUUUUCUUGGAACUAUGUACCGACGCGAAAGAGAAACUCAACAUUAUUUCCAACCAAUACGCCGAAGUGGGUCGCUUAAUGGACAACCUAGACACUUGGCUAAAGUCGAAAGAAAAUCAAGUUAAAGAUCAAAGUUUGAAAAACACAGAAGAAACUAAGAGAGCGCAUUUAGAGAAAUUGAAGAGCUUAGAACAAGAAAUUUUGAAUAAAGAGCCCGAAUUUGCCAACUUUAUUGAUGCGAUCAAAGAUGUCGAAACAGACACUAGAGCAUCUCAGUUAAGUGCUCGCUACCAUUCACUGAAAAACUCUAUAAAAGAAAACAUAAGCCGCUAUGAAGGUUUUGUUAAAGAUCAUACGGAUUUCAACAAAGAGUACAAGGAGUUUUUGAAUUGGCUAUCUGAUAAAGAAGAGGAGCUUCAAGAACUCUGUCACAUAGUUGGAGAUUUAAAUGUACUGCAAAAACGUCAGAACGAAGUCCGAAACCUUCUUGAUGAAAAGAACAAAAAAAGCAUUGAAUUUGAGAAUUUAAUUGAUAAGGGUGAGAAACUUUACGUUCAUACAUCUCCGGAUGGAAGAGAAAUUAUUAGGCAACAGUUAAGAAACAUUAGAACUAUUUGGGAUACUUUAGGCGACGAUGUACAAACAGCUACAAACAAAUUAGACCAAUGCAUAUUGCAAUUUUCUGAUUUUACUGCAACUCAGGAACAAUUAACCAAAUGGUUAAAAGAUGUGGAAAAAGGUAUGAAGCAACAUACUGAACUGAAAUCAACUCUCCAAGAGAAAAGAGCACAACUCCAAAAUCACAAAAUAAUGCAUCAGGAAAUUAUGUCCCAUCAACAACUAGUUGAAACUGUUUGUAACCGUGCACAACAGUUAGUAGAUCAAACUCAAGAUAAGUCAUUAAACGUGUAUUUACAAUCUAUUAAACAGUUAUUCCAUAACAUCGUAGCAAAAUCGGAAGAGCUACUGAAGAAUUUAGAAGAAUGUGUUGAAAGGCAUCAAGCAUAUAACCAACAAGUCGAUGCGUUCAAGAACUGGAUAGCUCAGCAAAACGAAAAGUUGCAUCAUUAUGAUGAUGAAAGUGGAGAUAAAACUGAACUUAACAAACGAAUAGAAAGUUUGAAGCAACUAAAAACUCUCAGUGAACAAGAAGGAAUAAAAUUGUUGGAGGGUCUUAAAAACUCUUUAAUUGUGGUAGGAAAAAGUACUGCUCCUAAAGGCGUUGAACUUCUAAAAGCUGAAUUAAUCGAGAAUCAAGGGUUGCUUCAACAACAUUUAGUAGAAAUUGAUUCGUUGAUUAACAAACAGGAAACAGCUACCAGCAAAUGGAAUGACUAUGAAAAUAUAUUAGAGGAUCUGAAUCAAUGGAUUCAAGAGAAGGAAUCAGUUUUCAGAAACCAAACUUUACAAGCUACGUUACCUGAAAAGGAAAUUCAACUUGUUAAGUAUCAAAAAGAACGUGCUGAAGUUGAAGCAAAAGAAAAAGAAAUCGAUCAAUUUGUCGAUAGAACUCAUGCUCUUCUGAAUUCGAGUGGUGUGCAGAAGAUCAAGCCCGUGAUAUCACAAUUUAGUGUCAGAUACCAAAACUUACAUGCGUUAACCAAAGACGUUAUAACUCGUUGGCAAAGUAUCAUAGAUGACCACCAAAAGUACCAACAGAAACUAGAAGAUACCCUAACCUGGCUACAGCCUUUGGAAGAUCAAUUGGCUGUAUUACAGAGAGGCGAUCUUGCUGACAGUCCACAAGCUGUUUCUCAGCGAAUGCAAAUAUUGUUAUCUGAAAAAGAACAAGGUGAUCAUAAAAUUAACAACCUAACAUUGACUGGUGAAAGAAUAUUGCCGGAUACAGCCAUGAACGGAAGAGAAAUUAUUCGUAAUGAAAUUAAAGAUGCUAGAGAGAGAUGGGAAAAGUUAGCCGAAGGUAUAACAAACCAGCAAAAACUUCAAGAAGCUCAAACGUUGCAACUUUCGAGUUACCAGGAAAUGUUACAACAAACGCUGGCUUGGUUAGACUCAAUGGAAAAGCAAGUGAAGCUAGAUACUACGUCAUGGACCUCAAUACAAGAUAUUAGAGGAAAAUUAUUGAAACAAAAGACCGCUUUGCAAGAAAUUCUGCCUCACAAGCGAGUUAUCGAAGGAAUAAACGAAAAAGCAGCAUCGUUGAUUAAGCUAACUAGCAAUAAAGAAAAAGCCGAUGGUAUAGAAAACAACGUCAAAUCUAUAAACGAUAGAUACGAAAACCUACUGAGUGUCUCGCAAAAUAACAUUAAACAACUCGAAAACGGUUUGGAGUCCUACCAACAGUUCUAUGACUUGUUGAAAGCCCAACAGGACUACCAAAAACAACUGUGGGACACUCUAAACUGUUACGUUGACUAUACCGGAAACAAACCCAUCAUAGAACAGAGACUAGGCAAAGUUACUGGAAUAGAAGAGAAUUUGCCCGAAAGCAACAUCAAAUUAAGAGAGUUGGAAAACUAUAUCGAAAAUAAAAUAUCAAUUUUGCCCGCAAGAGCUCAAGAAACGAUGCAAAGGGAUGUUGCGAACCUCAAAGCCGAUCAAGACAAAUUCUACGCAACCCUGGUCGACGUAAAAUCGUCACUAGAAAAUAAACUUAAACAGUGGAACGAUUACGAGAGUGCUAUGGAGAGAUUGUUGGCGUUUUUGAAGGACGCUGAAAAUGAUUUGAAAAAUUACUCGUCGAAAUCUACUGCUGAAGAAAAACAAGAACAACUGGAGAAGUAUCAGAUUUUAUUAAAAUCAGUCGAUUCUUGUACCCAAGAGCUCAAGGAGUUCAUUCGUAUAGGAGAUCAUCUGGAGCAAGCUCUUCUUACUAGUUUACGACAAAACGAAACUGAUUUUGAUAAUAUAUCUGAUAAUUCUACUGAACUGAUUCAAAGCAGCGGUGAUACCAGAAUUUCGAUCAAUAUUCAGCAAAUUACAUCAAGAUUCCAAUCGGUUCAAAUCACCGCAAAGGAGAUAGUUAAGAAAUGCGAACAAGCAUUGGCCGAUCACAAAACUUACAAUGAUAAGUACAGGCAGUGUGCUGAUUGGAUAUCUGCCGCCAGGACGAGGUUUGAUUUGAGCGCUGAAAAUAUGAAGAAUGGCGCACAAAAUGUUCUCGUUGAUCAGGCAAAAGUCCUUGAAGAACUUUUGUCCCAAAAAACCAGCGCAUCUUUACUUCUGAAUAAUACAGUGGAGUUAGGUGAAAAAAUAUACCCUACCACUUCACCAGAAGGGCGAGAAAUAAUUUCAACUCAACUGGAAGAAUUGCAACAGGCUUUUGAAACACUUUAUGACGAGAUUAGUUUGACAGAUCGUGAUUUGAAAUCGAAAUUGGACACAUGGUCUGAAUUCGACAACAGUUUACAAAACAUUCAGCGCUGGUUUAAAGAAAUUGACAAAUUAUUACCUCAGGACAUUGAACUUAAAGCUACCUUGGAUGAGAAGAAAAAUCAACUGCAGGUCUAUCGCAAUCUACUGCACGAUGUUUUGGCGCAUCAACAAGAUAUAGUUGAUUUGCGUGACAAAGUUGAGAAUCUGCCAGAGAGAAAUAGUCAUAUCGAAAGCAAUAUAGAUGCGGUUUCAGAACAACACGCCAAAGUGUUAAAACGUGGGCAAAACUUCGUGGAAAGAUACGAGAAAAUAGUUAGCGAUCAUCAAAAAUACGACAAAGCAGUUCAAGAAGCUAGUGAAUGGACGGAAGCACGUGAAACCACUGUUAAUUUAUGGAGCGAUACCAAUUUAGAACGAGUAUCUUUAUUAUCUAACUUGGAGAAACUUCAGAAACUUGCAUCCUCGUUACCAGAAGAAGAAACCAGAAUUUUGGCAAUUAAAACUUUAGGAGACGACGUAAUACCUAACACUAUAGACCACGGCCAAUCUGCUAUUCGAGCUCAAAUUGAAACAUCUCAACAAGAAUGGGCUACACUUACGUCAUCUGUUAACAAUGCUAUUGCCCAGCUUCAAUCAAAAUUACAAAACUGGUCAGAAUACGAACGUUUGAAAGACGAAUGCGUGGCAUGGCUAAGAAAAACAGAUAACAAAUUACACUCGAUAGACCUUAAAGCUACAGCUGAUGAGAAGGAACGACAGUUAGGGUCUCUGAAAAACUUACAAGGAGAAAUUAAAGCUAAGGAACUGGAAAUUGAUCAAGUUACUGAAAAACUACAACAACUCAACAAAGGACUGACAAACAGGCCAUCGCAAAUAUCCGAAUUAGGAGUUAAGUAUCAACAAAUCUGUCAAAAAGUUAAAGAGCUUACGUCCCGCUGGCAACAACAUGUUAGCACACAUCAUCAUUUUAACAGCGAGGUAGACCAGUGCCAGAGUUGGUUAGACGACCUCAACAAAAAAUUGUCAUAUUGCGCAAACGUCAAUACAGCUUCGCAGAAGGAACUUGAAGAGAAACUUCAAACUAUCCAAGAUCUUAUUCUAAAUAAAGAGGAAGGGUUUGCAACAAUUCAGAAACUAGUCGAAUUGGCUCAGACUGUUUUGGCUAAUACUGCACCACAAGGUCACGAUGCUAUCAAUCAUACUUUAGCAAACCUACAAAGUGAAUGGUCGAAUAUAGCCACGUCUAUGAUCGAGACAAAGUCCAUCAUUGAAGAUGCUUUGAGAAAAUGGACCGGACUUUUGGAAGAAAUCAAAGCACUUGAUAAAAAGAUUGAGUAUCUGGAAGCCCAAUACAAUGAAUUGUCAGAGUUACAAGCCACAGCUUCCGAGAAGAAGACUCAGCUUGAUAGAAUAAAACUAUUAGAAGAAAAAGUCCGAUGUGAGAAAAUAGAGGUUGACGCUCUGAAAGCUCAAGCUGCUGAAGUCCUGAAAAGUAAACAAGCUGAAAAAGGUGCGAUCGAAGCCCAACAAAUGUUAGAACGAUUUGACGAUAUAUUCCAGAAGAUUCAAAAACUACUCCACCAAAGGGAUCAGCAUUAUAAAGACCAUAAAGCCUACAAAGAAGCUUACGAGGAGGUUCAAGUUUGGAUGACGAGAGCUCAGGAAAAAGUGCCUCAGUUGAAGCAGAGGCCUUUAGGAGAUAAGUUAUCGAUUGAGAUGUUCUCGGGGCCUUUGGAUCAUUUGCUCAAUAAACAAGCGCAAGGGGAGGUUUUGUUGGAGAAUUUGGAACACACUGCGCAAGUUGUUAUUCCGAACACAAGCUCACCGGGACAAGAAGCUAUCAAGAAUGAAAUUAGAGCUUUGAGGGAAAGUUUCGAAAGAUUAUUCAAAGAUCUUAAGCAACAACGCGAACAACUUGAAGUUGUUUUAGUUCACUGGCGUGACUACAAAGACGAAUACGAGAAGAUAUCCGAUUGGCUUCAACAGAUCUCCAUUUUGAUUAAAAACCAGAAGAUUGCACUGUCAUCAAACUUGGAGGAAAAACAAAAACAAGUAAAGGACGUUCAAGAUAUCCUAAAGAAACUUGUCGAUGGAAAAGGCCAAAUUGAGAAGCUGAACGACUCUGCCAAAAUUCUUCUUAAAUCUCCGUUAGAGACCCACGUUAAUAAUCAGCUUCAACAGCUAAACUCACGUUACCAGACCGAACUUAGUGUUGCAAAAGACGUACUGAAAAAAGUUGAAACAAACUACGAACAACAUAAAGAAUAUGCAGGAAAUCUAGAAAAAGCAAGGAAUUGGAUUGAUAAGGCUCGAGAUACAAUUACGAAUUGUUCAGAGGCUAUAUCCAAUAGCAGCAAGGAAACGAUGCAGCAAAACUUGAACGAAAUUCAAGAUCUUAUCAGCAAGAGAGAAGAAGGUCAGAAUUUGGUACACGCUACAGUGAAUUGUGGUGAAAAAGUGAUAAGAAACACUCGUUCUGAUGGUAGAGAAGCCAUUAGUAAAGAGAUAAAAGAAGUUCAAAGCGAUUGGGAAAGAAUAGUUAAGAAAAUGUCUACGGUGAAGGUAAAUCUCGAAACAGCUUUACUCCAAUGGGCGGAUUACGACAGCUCAUACAACCAACUACAACAGUGGAUUACUGAACGCGAAGCAAAACUUCAACAAGUCACUGAACCCAAAUCGACGAAAACCAAGAAAAGUCAAACUGGACUUAGUGCCUUACCCAUUGGUGAAAGAAAAGCCACUCUCCGCGAAACCGGGAGCAUUGUUCAAGAUAUUGUUUCGUUUGAGCCAAUGAUCCAAUCAGUUGCCUCCAAAGCAGAAGACUUAAAACAAGCAGCUCCUGCAUCUGAGAUUUCUAGCAAAUACGAGACUUUAUCUAAACAAGCUCAGGAAUUAUACGCCAAACAAAAAGCUACGGUCGAACAGCAUCAAGCAUUUAUAGAUGCAGGAAAUGAAUUUGUCCAGUGGAUUCGUCUGGCCAAGGAGAAACUAGGAAAGUGUUCGGAACCUACCGGCGACAAAGAAUCCUUAGGCAGUAAGUUAUCUCAAGUUAAAGUUCUGCACAACGAACUUCCAACUGGACAGAAGAAAUUAGAAAACGCCUUGGAAGAAAGCGAAAAAGCUUGUCAAGUAGCCGAUGAAAUCGAUAGAGAGAUUAUCGAGGAAGAAGUUGCUUUGUUACAAGAAGAAUUCGACAGCUAUGUAGAGCAGCUAAAUGGAAUAAAGAACUUACUAGAAACUGGAAUAGUUAAAUGGACGGAAUACGAAGAACAAUUCCAAGAUGCAUUGGAAUGGUUGACGCAACAAGAGAAGUUGGUCCAAUCGUAUAACAAACUUCAAGAUAGCUUAGAAGCCAAGCGAGCUGUACUGGAACAAUUCCAAUUACACCUCCAAACCUUAUUUGACUGGCAGUCUGAAUUAGACAGACUUAACAUGAAAGCUCAGUUAUUACUAGAAACCUGUGCCGAUUCUCGUGUUAGUAAUGCAAUUAUGCAACUUUCCACCAAAUAUAACGCAAUAUUAUCUAUGGCCAAGGAAAUUAUGCGUAGGUUAGAACUCUAUUAUCAAGAACACCAACAACACAGCGCCCUUUACCAAGAAUGUCAAGACUGGAUAGAUAGAACAAGGGAUAAACUUAACAGCUGUGUAGAAAUACCGAAUAGUUUAUCAGAAAUUAAUAAUAAGCUUCAAGUUGUAAAGAACAUUAGGACAUCAAUCGAACAAGGUCAAAAUAAAUUACGUUAUAUCAACGAACUGAAAGAACGGGUCAUUAUGAAUACGGAACAGUCUGGAGUAGCUAAAAUCCAGGAAGAUACAGAAAACCUCAAAACCGAUAUGGAAAAACUAAUUAACGAUGUUCAAGAAAUCAAAAACAAACUUCAGACUAGAGCCAAUCAACUUGAGGAAGCUCAGAAACUUCUCGGUCAGUUCUUGGAUUGGUUAAAAGACCAAGAGAACCAAAUCCAAUUUGAAGAUCAGUUCUUUAAUGAACUCCCCGAAAAGAAAGCCACGCUUGAAAAAUAUAAGCAAGUUCAAAAAGAGAUCGGUACUCACAACGCGCUCUUGGAAAAAUUGAAAGCGACGGCUAAAGAAAACAAUAGCAUUCCUGAAGAUGAGAUUGAGAGAGUGGUGAAAAGAUUUGAAGAUUUGAAAGACAAACUAAACAAAACUGUAUCAGAUUUGGAGAUUCAAGUGGAAGAGCACGAACAAUAUAAAACAUCGUAUAAUAAAGCUAUAGAUUGGAUCAGAAAACUUCAACUGGAAGUCCAAGCUUGCUCAAAUCUUCAGGACGAAUUACCACAGAUUAUCGAGAAGGAAACCAAAAUUGAACAAAUAUUUAAUACUUUAUCAGAGUGUGAUGAUUUGGUAAAUAAGGUUAUUAAAAUGAGCAUCAACGUCAUGAAAACUACUGGCGAUGAGGGUAAAGAUAUUAUAAGAGAAGAAAUCGAACAACUCAACACUGACUGGGAAGGACUUCAGUACAUUUGCAAUGAAAUAAGAAAAUCUCUAGCUAAAUGCAAAGACGCCUGGAAAGAUUUUAAGGCAAAUUGCGAUGCAACCGAUAAGAAUAUCGCACAGUUCCAAAAGAGUGUGGAAGAAGAACAAAAGCUUGAAAACAAACGACCAGAAGAUCUGGAUAGGUGCAAAAACUUACUUGCUCAAAUCGAAGGAUUAAAACCCGAUUUAGAGAAUCUAGCUGACUCCUGUGAAUUACUCAUGGAACUCAGUGCAGUGGGUUGGGUACGAGACAAGACCGUUCAAUUACAAUCAGCUUACACUAACUUAUUGACAGAUGCACAGAGUUUGGUAUCUAAGGUCGAAAAGAAUUUAUCUGAUCACACGGACUUUAUCAAAGCAAGAGACGAAUUAGAAAACUGGUUAAACUCCAAGCACGCUGUUGUACAAGAUUCUAUAGUAAUCGGCAGUGAAGCAGAAAUGAGAAAUAAAUUGGGAGUUGUCCAGGAUGUUAUAGCAAACUUAGACGAAGGACAAAAAUUGCUAUCUUCACUUCAAGAAGCGUUUUCUAAGGUCAUAAACACUGCUACUUCGGAAAAACAGAAUGAACUACGUGACACCAUGACAACAUUGAGAAAUAGUUGGGACCAACUCAACAUGGACCUUAAAUCUAUCGAAACGCAGCUUAAAGGUGGAUUGUCGCGAUGGGACGAAUAUAAUGAUACUAAGAAGAAAUUAGAAAAGUGGUUAACAGGUGUCGAAAAAACUGUCCGUGCACAACCUAACACAAAAGGAGAAUUAAGCGAAAUAAAGAUAUUUUUAGAAAGAUACAAGAACUUACAUGACGAGAUUUUGAAGAAGCAGGAAGAUUUGAAUCGUCUGAGCAAUGAGGCAAAAGAACUGAACAAUUGGUCUAAGAAUACUGAGGUUAUAGAUCAAGUCCAACAACUGGAGACACGAUUUGAGAAUGUUAAAUCCUCAUGUAAGUCUUUACAAGAUUCAAUUGAGCAGGAACUGGAAGACUACAAUAUAUAUCAGCAAAAAUUGCAAGAAACUGAAAAGUGGCUGUUGCAAGUAUCCUUCCAACUCAUGGCACAUAAUUCUCUUUACAUCACAAACAGAGAACAGACUGAAGAACAAAUUACCCAGCACGAAAUACUCUUGCAAGAAAUUCAAAAAUACCAAUCUGUAAUCGAUGAUGUAAAGGAUAAAGGGCAAAAACAGAUUAAUAAGUACGUUACCACAGCCCCUACAGUAAGGAAUACUAUCGAGAAGCAACUAAAUAACGUACAAGAUAGCUACAAUUCUUUGUUACAAACUGCCUUACAAAUCAAGAACAGACUCGAUGAUUCCCUGGCUAAAUUCAAGCAAUACGAAGAUACGUUGGAGAGCAUCAUGGAGAAUCUGGAUGAAUAUGAACCUAUCGUAAAUGAUGAAUUAGAUAAAUCCAUUGAAAAUCUCAAAGAAGCAAAUGAGUCUUUAGAAACUGCAAAGACUCUUCAUAGUAAGUUACAAACAGAGAAAUCUAGAUUAGCAUUAGCAGUACAAGCUUGUGAAGCCGCCACAGCUUCCAUAAGCAGACCCAGCAGUCCAAGAGAUAGUGUUCCACCUCCAAUUAACAUUAAAGAGUUAGAAUGCAGAGCAAGACUAGAAGACUUAAUCGAUCAGACGCACAAGGAGUCGGCAACUUCAGAAGAAUCUGAUAUCAGGUUGAAAUUGCUUUUGGAUCAACUUGUGAGCAAAAAUUUUGUUUCUAAAUUGGAUACCCAGAUCGAAAAGGUACAAGGACAUCUCAGCUAUUUGACAUCCACUGUGUCCGAAUUUGAAGAGAAAGAAAAACAGAAAUCCGUUCUCAGAGACUGGAUUGAGACACAGAAGGGCAUUGUAAAAGAGUGGAAGAGUCGCCCAAUCAAAUUGCGUGCGGAUGCUGCCAAACAGGAACUGAACAACAUGAACGAACUUCUAGCUACAAUUGGGCAACGCAGGAAUUACCUUACUACUGAUCUCUCCGGGCCUAGUGGACCUGAUGUUGAACUGAACUCUCUGUUGGAUAGUUUAGAAAAAGAAUUACUAUCUGUAAUCGCUGACAAGCAAGAUAAGCAGGGCAUUCUUGACCAAUACAAGCAACAACUUCAGGCAAUCAACAAUUGGUUUGACACUCUCAACAAACGUAUCGAUGCAGUUGAUAAAGGAUCUGGUUUGAAUUGUCAACAAAAACAAAAUGCUAUUAGCAAUAUACAGACAGAAUUCGAUGAGGAAGGUACAAAGAAGUUAACUGAUUUUAAACUGUUAGCAUCAAAAGUCACCGAUAUACUCAACAACCUCGAUUCUCAACAGAUCGAAGAACAAAUAAAAUCAGUUGAUAGACGUUAUAAUGAUAUCGUAAAGAAACUUCAAAGAAAGAACCAAGUUCUAGAGAUGACUAGAAAAGGUAUUGAUGACACUCAAAAUGAAAUUGACGAAGCCCGAAGUUGGGUAAAAGAAAAACUAAACAAUCUGCAGAAUCCCAGACCUUUGAAUUUAGAAAGCGCUAAAGUAGACGAAAGAUUGAACGCUUUAAAAGAUCUUUUGAAAGACGCUGAAAAUAAACUUAUUCUAAAAGACACUAUAUCCAAGAGAAUUAAUAAUUUGUCCAAUGAAUUGGAACUCUCUGAACAUGCUCAGUUGGAAAGCUCUUUGAAGAAUUUGGGAGGUGAACAACAAGUGUUGGUGGAAAAAAUUAAACAAGAAAUUGACAGACUUACAGCUGCAGCUAACGCACGAAGAGACUUUGAAAAUAAUUUGUCUAAAGCAAAGGCAUGGUUGAAGAACAAAAACGCCGAAGUUAGUAAACUCAGUGGCUACCUUCCUCUCCAAGCCAAUCAGGUAGAAAAGGAAAUCGCACAGCACAAAGUAUACGAUCAGCAAAUUAAAGAAUUUAACGAAGGAAAUCUCAACGAGCUUCUCCAACUUGGAAACACCAUUCUCAAAGAUUGCGAUGCAACAGAUCGCGAACGCCUUCAGCAUCUUAUCGAUGAAGUUAAAGACGAAUACAACGUCCUAACCCAGGAAUCUAAACACAAACUGGACGCACUAACCGACUUACUUCAAGGCCGUAAACAAUUUGAAAGUGAUAUUGACAAGUGCGUGAACUGGUUAAAAGAGGCCGAAGUUGCAACAUCUACGGAUAUUAGAAUAACUAGUUUGGAAGUGCUCGAGGAACAGUUAGCCAAAUACGAAAAACUCGUAGAGGAUUCUAAACGAGUGGAAGAUGAUAUUGGAAAGAUUUCAGAACAAGCUAAAGCUAUAUUGCCAACUAUCAGCGAAUCUGAUAAAAUUACGCUUAAAGAAACUUUGAAUAACUUGAAAGAUCGUCACAGCAGAAUCGAUUCUGUGAUUAAAGAAAGAACGGCAGAUUUGAAACGAAACAUUCAGCAAAUUAAAGAUGCUCAAGCUCGUCUAGCUGAAAGUAUAGCGUUUGUGAAGGAAGUUCAGAACCAGUUACACGAUCUAAACAAACCUAUUGGUGCUAGAGUCGAAGAUGUUCAAAACGUACUCUCUGCUUACGAGAGGAUUCUGAAAGAUGUUAAAGCGGAUAGAUCCAAGCUGGGAAACGUUACUGGAGCUAACGCUACUGAACUACAAAGUGUGUUAAAUAUGCAAGACGAACUGAUUAAAUCUAUUGAAGACCAGAUAGCUAAAUUGAAACAGCUUUUACUUUUGAGAGAACAGUAUCUGGCUCUUAUUACGGAAAUAAUGACCUUUAUAACUAAAUAUACUGAAAUCGUAAGAGAUAUCGAAAAGUCUGGAGGAACUAUUGAAGAAAAGAUUAAGAAAUAUGACGAUAUUAUAAUAAAAAUACAGGAAUGCGAGGCAUUACAUGCUGCAGCCACCGAUAAAGGUCUUCAAAUUGCACAGGAUUGUACUGUACAAGACAGAAAUGAGAUAACCGAGCAGUUACAAUCUCUAAAACAGUCUUUAAAUAAUUUGAGAAAGGCUGUUGAGAAACAAAGACAAGAACAUGAAAAUACUGCUGCAGAAUAUAAGAAACUAGCUGCCGAAUUGGAGGAUAUCCUUGACUGGUUGCAUACAAAUGAAAGCACAAUAAAAUCCAGACCUUUAUUGAACAGAGAUGUUGAGAGUGUGCUGAAAGAAAUUCAGAAACACGACGAACUAGCUGCUAAUGUGGAUUUGAAAUUGGAGAAGCUAAGAAAAAUAAAGGAAGAAGUUAAAAACGAUGAGAACUUACCAGGAUCACUUCAGGAACAACUUUCUGAAGCCACUUCUUUGAUCAACUCCCUCCCGAGAGAGUUAGACGAACAAUCAAAAUACCUUGAGGAUAAUAAGAGAUGGAGAGAUGAAUAUAACGCCUUAAAAGAAAAACUAUAUAACUGGGUUAAAGAGGCUCAAAUUCGCUUGGAUGUUCACAAAGACGGAAUUGACUUUGAAAACAUCCUCACUGAUUUGGAAGAGCACAAAAUCUUCUUCAGCACAGAACCCGCAAUGAAAGAACUUGUCUCGCAUUCACUACAACAAGCAGCUGACAAAAUAUGGCCCAGUCUCACGCCUUACGAACAAGAAGAGCUGAGCAGAGAGCAACAGCAUCACACUCAAGUUUUGAAGAACACAUUGAAUUCGGCCAAGUCUCAGAAGGUAUCUCUGGAGCAGAACGCGGAGUUGUGGAAGAAGUAUUUGCAGAGUUUGGAUAAAGUUAAGGCGGUUAUCGCUAGGACAAAAUUCACUGAUGAACCAGUGUCUAAUUUGGCAGGUCUUCAGUUCAACAUCCAGAAAAUCAACCAUGCCUUGAGUGACAUACAGAACCAGCAAGUCGAGCUUGACUUGUUGGAAGGGCGAGUUGCUGAAAUCAGCAAACAGGCUGAUGAUCGCAACAGGAGUGAUAUCGAAGCGCAAUCGAGCCAGGUUACGAAAGAAUGGUCCGAUCUGGUUGCCAACCUAGAAGGACGAAAGGAUAUUUUGGCUAAGUUGGCAGGAGUGUGGGAUACCUUCGAAGGCCAAUCGCAGGCCUUCGAAAGCCUUCUAUCAGGAAUCGAAGAAAGAGCUAAACAUAUCGAUCAAGUAGUGAGAAACAAGGACCACGUACUAACAACCAAAAAGGAUGUUGAGGAUUUGCAAGCGGAGGGUGUGGCAUUGGAAGUGCAAAGAAACCAAGUUACUGAACUGUCAAAGGUAGUACUUACGUUCUUGGAAGAAUGUUCCCCUCCAUCUGCUUCCGUGCUCAAGAAGAAGUUGGAACAAUUAAACCAGUCCUACAAAAAGCUUCUCGAGACCCUGAAGGACAAACGCGAUAAAGUCGAAGAGGACCUGAAGGACAUCGAAGCGGUUCUUCGGGACAUCACGCAAAAGAAGAGCGAACUGGUGGACUUGAAGAGCGACAUCGUCAACUUCUACGUUUUCGACGAGGACAUUGUCCAGACCGAACGAGAACUUUCUAGUCUCGGUCAAAGAGUGAAAAAGGAGACAGCAGACGCGAAAAAGCUCUCCACGGACACCAGAUCCAAGUACCAAGCAGCGCAGAACCUCGUACCGUCCGACGUAGCUGAAGAACUGAACCAAUUGGAAUUGCUUACCGAAUCGAUCAACGCCGCCAUGGAAGACAAGGAGAGAGAAUUCAAGAAGGCGAGGACUAUUCGUACGGAUUACCUCACCGACGUGGAAGAGUUGCAGAACUGGAUUAAGGAAGCGGAGUUGAAGAUCCAAGAUCGAUCGAUACCUCCUCAUCAAUUGCACGAGCAACUUCAACAGAUUCAAGCGGAGAUAGGAGCUAUGGUAGACAAACUGGACAAAGUUACAAGGAAUGGAAAGACUAUCAUCGACAAGUCGAGAAAGCAAGAAGAGAAGGAUAUUGUUCAAAGUACUAUAGACAAUGUUACGGAGCAAAUUAACCAAGUGAAAUCGUGGUUGGAUGAGAAACGCCAGGUUGUUGGAGAGACUUUGGACGCUUGGCAAAGGUUCCUCGCUUUGUACCAACAGGUACUGCAAUGGACUGAAGAAAAGAAAGUUUUCCUUAAGGAACCGCUCAACGUUAGCUCACUGCAAGAUGUGAAACAAAGACUUCAUGAUUAUAACAAUGCUGUUAAAAGCUGUAAAUCAGCUACCAAGAACCUCAGCGAUAUGGUGAAAGAACUUGAAUACAUAUCAACUGUUACGACUGUCGGAGAUUUGCCUCAGAAAAUGGAACACGCCGAAUCUAUUAAGACUGAAGUAGAAGCUCAACUAUUAGAAAGGAAUGCUUUACUGCAAGAAACUUCCGAGGAAUGGGAACAAUGCGAGAAGAAAAUGAAGGAAGUGCGAUCGUGGAUCGAGAAAUCGAAAACAACGUUGGAAUCGGCCCAAAACAAAAAGAAGGCUCUCAGAGACCAACACGCCCUACGCGAGAAAAUGUUGGCAGACAUCCACGUCCAAAAAACUAAAAUAUCGUUAUCCAUUGAAAAAUUACAGCUUCACUUCCGUGCCGGUAUUAACGCAGACACGAAAAUUACCGAACACGUGUCAAACCUGCUCAAGGACUUGGAUGACUUGGAUAGCACCAUCAAGCAACAAGUGAAUCAGAUAGAGAAGGCUAUUACACAAGUUGAAGAGUAUCAGUCGGAAGUUCAACAACUUCGACAACAAAUUGUUCAGGUGGAACAACAGCUUAGAGCCACUAUGGCACCAACUUACAAGCCCCAUGAACGCGAUGAAGCUGCCCGUGACCAAGAGGCACGGAUAGAAGCUUUCCGUCAGAAGAUCACCCUGCUAGUGUCCCACAUCCAUCGCGUGGACCCCUACGCCACCUUAGACAGUUCCUUCUACGAAGCUAGUUACGCAGACAUCGCAGCGGGACGGUCUAUGUCUCAAGAGCGACAGCCCAACCCACCUGGCCACGACAAUCCCGAAAAAAUCGUUCCUGAAGAGGCACUCAAACCCGAAUUUAUUCCCCAUUCCGACAAACCGCUCGUUUCAAUCAAAACUGAAGAGACUGUUGUGAUUAAGAAAUCAAUUCCGGAGAAAAAAGAAGUUUUUAAGGCACCAAAGGAGCCUGUACCGCGUAAAAGUAGAUCGCCAAAAAGAAAGCAGGAAAAGCCUAAAACGAAACAAGUUCCUCCCAAACAACCAGCAAUAAUAUCCAAUGAGCCUGAUACGUCUCAGUCUUUAACAGUUCAAGAAAUAAGACAGAGGUCUAAGAGUCCUAUGUGGGCUCCAGGUAGUACUACGUACGCCGAAGUUCUUAGGAAUCAAAUGCAAAGAAAACUUCUAGAAGAACAACCAGUUAAAUCUGAAGUGGUGUUAGUGAAAUCGGUGCCACAACCAAGGACUGAUAGUAAAAGUGAUAAAGUCGAUGACAAAUUACGGAAAGAAUCUCGUGCUUCGGACCAUAAUAUGACUGAAAAUGUUAUAGUGACAAGUGCAAAGACUGAAGUAGUUACUCCUGUAGAAACCGUUGUUAAUGUAAACGUUUCCAAAGUACGCAAUAAGGAACCAGUUCCAAAAACGGUUCAACACCAUCACCAACAAAGGAACGUUUAUGUCCCUGAAACCGUAUCAGAUAUCCAUGUCGAUCAGAGAUAUCCCGUUCAGCAGGAAAUUCCACCUGCCGUAGUGCAGUAUCCUCAGCACGAUAACCAAUUCGUUCUGCAAUCCUCCACGCCUGCUUGGAAUCAGUACCAACAGGCCCACUACGAUGUGCAAUCCAACUAUAAUACGAUACCCGGGUAUUAUCCUCCCGCAAUUAUACAACAACAACCAAAUAUCUUAGAAUAUAUCCAGCCAAUACCGACAAACUUUAUUGCCUCAGGACAGCAACUGAUGAGUUCUGGCCUGGGGACGUAUACAAGUAUGCCGACUAAUUAUUCACACGGACAAUCAUUUACCCCCCAACCAUACGGAUAUGUGGAUAAUCAGAGAAAUGUUAUUACUGAAUUAGAAGUACCACAAAUUUCCGAACCAGAAGUUUAUUCACAAGACACUGUGACAAAUGUUGAAACUGUAGAAGCUAUAGUUAAAGCUGACAGUGACACAUUAAAGCCGUUAGAAAUUAAAGAAGCCGAAGUUGUAGAGGUGUCUCAGGAGGUGGUUGAUACACCCGAACUCGCGACCUCCCCUACAGCUUCGCAUUACUCAUACGCCCAGGUUUUGUUGCAAGGCUUGCCUGACAAACCUGUCCAGCCAUCCAGUAUAGCAUCAAGCCAAGCUUCAAACGAGCGAGAUGCUUCCAGACAUAUAUCUCCGAGACCUGGAUACGGUUCCACGUCUCAGGACGAAACGCUGUCUCAUUCGAGGGAGCAAACUUAUCGUAGACAAAGAAAAACACCUCCCAAUUGGGAGAGGACUAAUACUUUAUCGAAUCAAGAGAAUAAAUCUAGUCAUAGAAAUAAACGAACUAAACACGAUGUUGAUCGUCCUCAACAGUUCUCUUAUCAUGGAGAGCCUAGUGAGAAAUUAGGUGAUAAGAGGUCUGUUGAUAGUCCGUAUCAUGAAGACUUACAUGUACAUAGUGAUAUAGAAAACGCGUCCCAAUAUACAGAUAAGAAGUUAAAUAGAUUAGUAGGUGAAAGAACUGAAAAAUUAUCGAAUGAUAUUAGAAAAGUAGAAACAAAUACUCAGUUAAGGCCAGAUCAAAAACCUAAGUCACACAAGAAAAAUAAACAACCUAAGGUAAAUAAAAUAGAUAAAAAACCCGAAAUCGGUUUUGCAGUUCUUGAAAAUUUGAAUGAAAAUAAUGAAGAGACACCAACUCUCGUUGUUGAACAAAUAUCUGAAGAACAGAAGAAUAUUUCAAGUUCAAUAGCAAAACAUGAAGAAAAUGAUCAUACAAAAACAAAUAAAAGCAGUAAGAAGAAACAUAAACAAAGCUCAAAGACUGUUAGUGAAAGUGAGACAAACAAUGAUAAUACUGUGGAAGAUAAUAACGAUACCAUUGAUAUAACUGUUAUAACAGAUCAGUCUGAAAAUAGCAAAUCAAAAAAGAGGAAGCACAAAAAGAAGCAGAAAAGUAUAGAGUCCAUUACAGUUUUUACUGAAACAAAAAUAAAAACUCAUGAACAAAUAACAGGCGAAGACAAGCGUGAACCGCCUGAAACUAAAAAAUCAAAGAAAAAGAAACAGAAACAAAGUACUGAUAAACAAGAGGACGAAUUAAAGUCAGAAUCCGCUGAGCAGGAAAUUUCAAAUGAUUCUGAUACAAACAAAUCCAAAAAGAAGAAAAAGAAGAAGCAGCAGAACAAAGAAACUAAUGACACUGAUGAUGUUACUGAGGUUGCGAUAGCAAUAGAUGACAAAUUAAGCUCAGCUCCUCAAAAUGAAACAUCAAAUGAUUCCGAAACUAAUGUAAUAUCUAAAAAGAAGAAAAAGAAGAAGCAACAGGAUGAAGAAACUAAAGACACAAAUGUUGUUAGUGUGUUUGAGAAACCAGCAGAUGAAAAAUUAAGUUUAGAAACUCCUCAACAUGAAAUAUUAAAUGAUUCCGAAACUAAUAAGUCUAAAAAGAAGAAAAAGAAGAAUCAACAGGCCAAAAAAACUGGUGACAAUACUGUUAGUACGCUUGAAAUAACAACAGAUGACAAAUUGAUCUCGGAAACUCUUCAACAUGAAGUAUCAAACUAUUCCGAAACAAAUAAGUCUAAAAAGAAGAAUAAGAAAAAGCAUCAGAAUAAAGAACCUAAUGAUAACAAUAUUGUUAGUGCGCUUGAAAUAAUAGCAGAUGACAGAUUGAACUCAGAAACUCAAAGUGAAAUAUCUAAUGACUCCGAAAUAAAUAAGACCAAAAAGAAGAAACAGAAGAAGCAGCAGGAUAAAGGAAUUACUGAUACUAGUACGAUUGAAAUAACAGCUGAUGAUAAAUUGAGCUCAGAAACUCCUCAACCUCAAAUAUCAAAUGAGUCCGAAACUAAUAAACCUAAAAAGCAGGAAAAGAAGAAAAAGCAGGCUGAUAUAACAACAGGUGACACAUUAAAUUCAGAAGCUCCUCAACAUGAAAUAUCAGACGAUUCUAAAACUAAUAAAUCUAAAAAGAAUGAAAAGAAGAACCAGAAAGACAAGGAAACUAAUGAUAACAGUGUUCUUAAUCAGUUUGAUAUAAAAACAGAGUCCACAUCAAUUUCAAUACAAGAAACUUCACUCGCUGAAGAGACUCAGACUAAAAAAUCAAAUAAAAAGAAACAUAAUAAAAAGUCAACUACACAACUUGUCGAAGAUAAGACAUCAGAAAGUUCAGUAAGUAUUCAAGAACAUGAUAUUAUUGUAGAACCGCAAGUCGUUGAGCAAACAACAUUAGAACAUAUUGAAACAGACAGUAAUUCUGUGCCAAAAGACAAAAUCAAUGCUAAUUCCGAAGAACUUAUUAAAGAGGAGACAAGUACUGCUUCUGUAUUAACUGAGAUUAACGAAGUAGUAAAUUAUACAGAUGUGUUACUAGAUGUAGUAAAACCAGAAGAGUAUCAUACUGAAUUUGUUCCUAUAAAUGAAGAAAUACAAGAAAAAUCUGUAAGUAUACCAGAUAUCUCAUUUGAUGUAUCCAUUCCUAACAAAGUCCAAGAAAAUAUAUCUGAAAAUGUGCCAUCAAAUACUCAAGAUGAAACAGUACCAAUUAAGGUAAAGUCUGAUGCGGUAGAAUCUGUACAGUACCAGUCAACACAAAUUUCUGAAGUUAUUAGUCAUGCCAAAACAUUAAUUGCUGAAACAAAUCGAUGUAUACUUGAAGAAAUUGCCGCUCUGGAAAAGUCUCAAACGAAAAGAACUGAGCAGAAUAUAGAAAUAGAGGAACCCAAAGGAGUCCAAGAAUUUUUAAAUAAUGAAAUAUUAAUAGAAGAAGGAAUUCAAAAUACCUAUCCAGAUGUGGCUCAAACAACAGAACAAAAUGUUGAUGAAACCGAUAAAGAUCAUCUUGUCGAAAUUCAAGAAAGUUUAACACAAUCUUUGAUAGACACAGAAAAGUCGUUUACAGAGAAAAUUUUAAACGAACAAACCACAAGUCAAACAGAAUCUGCAAAUGUAGACCUAGCAGAAGGUAAAAUACACCAAAAAGAAGAAAUAACGACAGAGAAAAGUGAAGAAGAUGUUGGAAAGAAAUCAGUUGAUAAUAUUCAAACUACAAAUGACAUACUUCAAGAAACUAGUCCAGCUAUUAUUGAAGAAGUAAAAGAUUUUGUUGAAGAAUCUCCUGAAACAAAUAUAAUUGAGAAAGAAACAAUAUCUCAAAGUUUAGACUCAUCAAGUUGUUCUCCUGAAAAAAUAGAUGUACAGAAAACCGUUGAAUCUAUUCAAGAGAGAAAUAAAGUUUUUGAAAACGUAUUGAUAGAUAAAAACAUGAAUAUCGCAACUGAGACACUUGUACAAAACGUACAAGAGCAACCAAGUACUUUGAAAGAUGAAAACUUUGAGAACAAACCAGCUGGUGAUCUUACUAGACCCACUGAAAGUGAUAUAAUAAAUAAAAAAUCACUAACUAAACAACUUGAUGUGGUAAACUUAACGCAAUCGUUUAUUGAAACCGAAGUCAAUGUAAUUAACACUACUGGAGAUAAUGAAAAACAAGAAAGUGAAAUUGCGUUAUUCAAGGAUUACGAAUCAACUAUAACUUAUUCUGCUGAAAGUAUAACUGCUACUGAACCAUCAGAAACUAUAAUUAAGAAGUUACCUGACGGCGACGUCCCAGAAAAGGAGAAACCAAAAUCUGACAUUGAUAAGAGCACUACCUCGAAAAAGAAAAAUAAGAAGAAAAAUAAAAACAACAACGAAGUGUCAGAGAAAGAAAACAAACAAAUUAAUACUGAAAAAGUAUCAAAAACCAUAUCGAAAUCAGAAAAAGUGACCAUAAGUACAACAACUGAAACAGAAGAUCAUUCAUUAACUUCUAAAGUUAACGGUGUUUCUCAUUACAAUACCGAACCUAUAAAAGACGAAAAUAAGGUCUGUAUUGAUGUGGAAAGAAAGGAGGGUCUUGAACUGAAGCCAACUAAUAAAAUAGUACUUAUAACCCAUGAAGAAGUCAAAAUGAAACCUGUUGUGACCGUAAAAAUGGAAUUUCCUGAUGUGGAACUUAAAACUGCUAGUGAGAAAAUUCUAAUUAAUGAACUAAUUAGUCGAGAAGAGAAUAUUGAAAAACAACGCUUUGAAGAAGUAAUUCUUAAAGUUCCUGAUGCUGAACAGACUGUUCAAACGAUAGUUCAAGAAGAAAGUGCAGACAUAGCAAAGGAAGCUCUUGAGAAAGAUGAAAAAUACGUAGGUAAAGAACCGAGCCAAGAAAUAAUUUUCUCGCAUCCUCUGUUAGAAAGUUGCAUAGAAACAACCAUAAAAAAUCAGACAUCAGUUAUUACUACAUCAGAAAGUAUAAAAGAAAAUACAGUAAAUAAACAAGAGAAAGAAAUAAGGGACGUAGUAUAUCCAUCUCCUGAAAAUUUAGUUGAAACGGUUGUUCAGAAAAGUGUAGUUGCUCCGGAAAUUGAUGAAUUUAUAGAGAAUGAACGUAAUGCAAGUGAAAAAAUUCUAAGUAAUGAACUGAUUAAUCGAGAAGAGAGCAUUGAAAAACAUCACUUUGAAGAAGUCAUUCUUAAAGCUCCUGAUGCUGAACAGACUGUUCAAACGACAGUUCAUGAAGAAAGUGCAGAUACAGCGCAGGAAGCUCUUCAAAAAGAUGAAAAAUACGUAGGCAAAGAGUUGAGCGAUGAAAUCAUUUCUUCGCAUCCUCUGUUAGAAAGUUGCAUAGAAACAACAAUAAAAAAUCAGACAUCAGUUAUUACUACAUCAGAAACUAUAGAAGAAAAUACAGUAAAUAAACAAGAGAAAGAAAUAAGGGAUGUAGUAUAUCCAUCUGCUGAAAUUUUAGUUGAAACGGUUGUUCAGAAAAGUGUAGCUGCUCCGCAUAUUGAUGAAUUUCUAGAGAAUGAACGAAAUACAAGUGAAAAAGUUCUAAGUAAUGAACUGAUUAAUCGAGAAGAUAACAUUGAAAAACAUCGCUUUGAAGAAGUCAUUCUUAAAGCUCUUGAUGCUGAACAGACUGUUCAAACGACAAUUCAUGAAGAAAGUGCAGACAUAGCGCAGGAAGCUCUUCAGAAAGAUGAAAAAUAUGUAGGUAAAGAAUUAAGUGAAGAAAUAAUUUCUUCGCAUCCUCUGUUAGAAAGUUGCAUAGAAACAACAAUAAAAAAUCAUACAUCAGUUAUUACUACAUCAGAAAGUAUAGAAGAAAAUACAGUAAAUAAACAAGAGAAAGAAAUCAGGGAUGUGGUAUAUCCAUCUCCUGAUAUUUUAGUUGAAACGGUUGUCCAGAAAAGUGUAGUUGCUCCGCAGAUUGGUGAAUUUUUAGAGAACGAACGUAAGGUCGAAAUAUCACAUGGUUUAAUUCAGGAGGCAAAUGAAAAAUGUUCGAGAACGAAUGGGUAUCAUGAAGGUAAAGAUACAGACAAGAAGAUCGAAGAAAUCAUAGAAAUUGAAGAGGCUAUAUUUGGUUCGGUCAAAGACCGCCAUCAAAAUAAGGACAAAAAGAAGAAGAAACUGACAAGUAACCUCGAAACAGACAUUAGUGAAAAGUCGAAAAGACACGGCAUACCUUUGGAAUUGUUGCUGGAAACACCUGACACCGAAGUGUCAUCCUCGUGCUCAAGUCAGCUGACAGAAACUUUGACGUUGUCACGCGUCAACUCUGUCGUUGACACUGAAAUUCAGGACGUUCAACAAGUAAUGGAUAUUUUGGCAAAACAUGAAAGCAAAACGAAACAGGAAUCUACGUCUGAAAUAAAUACUCCAACCGGAGAUGUUUUAUCUAAUAAGAAUGAAUUAGUAUGUAAGGAAACACCAACAGGUAAAGAAAUUACACAUGAAUCAGUUGAAAUUGUGUCUGAUAACAUAUCGGUUAAGGAAACUAGUGACAAUGUAGAACAGAUAUCGAGUAAUAGUGUGCAAAUUCCGAGUAAACCGCUUAUUCUUGAUAUUCAAAAAGAAACUAAAGACUUAAAACAAGGUAUUCCUUCUCCUGACACACCAUUGCCUGAUAUCGAUUACCUUCAACCCGAAUUGAGCCCGUUUGAAAUUAAACCCAAAUCAACAAAUAUUGAGGAAAAUAUAGGUGAUGUUUUAAGCUUCCUUAAAGCCGAAACAUUAUCAAAAUAUCAACCAGAUUUAAAUAAUGUAGUAAUAUCCGAAACUAAAUCUUCUGCCAAUGAACACGAUGCUACAAAUAAUGAACACUAUUUGCCUCAAUUAUCUAAUGAGUUCGAAUCAUUUUUAGAACAAGAUCCUGAAAAACGUAGUAAGAAAAAGUCUAAAAAUAAAAAGAAAAAAUCUGUGUCAUUUGAAGCGGAACCUCAGAUUAUCAAUCUACCCGAAGAAAAGUAUUUAGAAGCUGAACCUACGAAAACAUCAGAAGAUGCAGAACUAGCUAGUGAGUUUGUGUUUGUUCCAACCCCACCAGAGUAUUUAGCUUCCUCCGCUGAAAGCGAUGACAUACCGGUCAAAAGUGAGAUAAUAACUACCGAUUUAGACGAACCUGAUGACGGACAAUGGGAGAAAAUUGAGAUUCCUACCUCUCCUGAUAAAACGGUUCAGUCUAGUUAUUUCGAAAUUGUGGAUAAUCGUGUAGUUGAAACAAAAGAAACAAAAGUAGAUUAUGCGGGGUUACCGAUCAGCCAAAAAACUGAAGAACUUUUAGAUGUUUUAGAUGAACCCAUUGUAUUAUCGGAUGAUGAUGGCGAUAAAACUACAGAACAGCCUGAGACACCUGAAGCAGACAUAUUAUUAUCUCCAGAACCUUCAAAGACGGUAUCAGAACAUAUUUUAUCGCAGGAGAAAUCAAAGAAAAAGAAACAUAAGAAAGAUAAAAAUAAGCCAGAAAAAGCUCAAAUUGUCAAUGCUGAGCCUAAAAAGGAAUAUACAGAUAAAUUUGAGACCAGUAUUGAAAAUACAGUUAAAGAUGAAAUAAUACAACAAACCUCUGUCAUAUCAAAACAUGAAGAAGAAUUUAAAACAGAACAGAUUGUUACUAUUGAGACAGAUACUACAAAAAGUAAGUCAGAAAAGAAGAAAAAGAACAAAAAGAAAAAGUCUCAAAAAACGGAAGAAGUUAGUGUAGAAAAUGAAACAUUACAGGAUGAGUUACCAAUUUCUGGCUCCGAACAACCGCUUGUAGAUCUAAUAAGUACUGAACCUUCUAUUGAUACUGUAAUUGAUCUAAAAUCGGAUGAAAUAAUUGUAGAAAUUAUUGACGAACAACCAGACUGGCAAACGGCUAAAGAACUGAUAAUAGAUGAGCCAGACCAAAGUCCCAGCUUUGAGAAAUCUGAAAUAUUAGAUGCGAUUUUGGAUCAAGAUACGGUAAUUAAAAAAGACAAACCUUUCGACAAGCUUUUGGAAGUGGAAGCUUUAAUAGACCAACAUGUGGAUUUGGCGACUGAAUGUGAAAAGAAUUUAGAACGUUGGCCAAGCGUAGAAGAUCUGAAAUCUAAUGACGAAAUUGCUCCUGUGGAAAGAGAAGAUUUUACUGAUGAUAACUUACUAGCCGACGAAGUGAGUAAGAAAGAAGAGGAAAAUGAAACUAAACAUAAAAAACGACAUCGUAAAAAGAAAAAUAAGGAGAUUGUAAAAGCGAAAAGUACUGAACCAACAGAACAAAAGGCAGUAAGUCCGGAAGUUACAGAGAGACCAAUGAAUAAACUUUUAAGAAGUUUUGCUAGUGUUGUCGGAUCUACCGAUCAUUCCACUGAAUUUACAGUUACUAAUACUGAAACAGCAGAAAUUAAUGUAGAAUUUGAUAAAUCACCACAACCAGUCAUUGAUAUUCCUAAAGAAAUUGUAGUGGAAGAAACUGAAAUACAGAAACCAGUCACCGAUCAACAACCUUCCGAACUUGACAAAUCAAAAAAGAGAAAGCAUAAGAAAAAGAAUCAAAAGCACCAUGAAAUUGAAAAUGAACAUUUUGCCGAAACAUUAGAACAACAGACAACUAAUGAACCAUCUUCAGAUAUAAAUACGACCUUUUUGGAUUCUGAAAAACUUCAUGUUGAGGUAUCAGCAGAACAACCAACUCAUGAAUUAUCUAAGGAUAUAAAUACGGCGUUUUUGGUUAAUGAAAAACUUGUCACUGAUACGACUAAGAGCUGGGCCUCAAUUGUUAGCUCAAAGUCGGCUGAAAGACCUGUUGAACAAAAUUUUGCAAAUGAAACAGAGGAUAAGGAAACUGUUCCUGCAAAUGAGGAAAUUGAAAUUUUAGAGAUACCUCACGCAACAAUAAAGGAAAAUGAAAAGAUAGAAUUAACCAAUUUAGAGUCUUCUGAUGUCCAUAAACUAACUGACAGUAUUGAAGAACCUUUGAAGCCAAAAAAAUCGAAGAAAAAGAAAAAGAAAAAUGUAGAAGAAAAUCUAGAUCAUAAAGAGGAAAUCGAUAACGUUGUACACGAUAUUGAAAAUAUACAAACAAUCGUUGAAAAUGCUUCUGAGAUAGAGCACCAAACAAAGGGAGAUAAAAAAUUGAGAAGAUGGGCCAGUAUAGUAGGAUCUAAAGCUCACGAUGAUAUUCACGAAGACUAUGAGGACAUAGUUACAAGGCCGGAAGAAUUUGUUGAAACUGAAAUCGAUUUUAAUGAGAACGUAUCACAAGAACCAGUUACCGAUAUUGCAUUUGAAAAAUUGUCAUUUGAACCAACUAUUGAUGUUGAAACUCUGAAAUCAGAAGUUCCUGAAGAAGAACCUAUUGAAAAUCAGCGCAGUGAAUUGAAGAGAUGGGCAAGCAUAGUAGGUUCAAAAUCAAAAGAGAUUCCUCAGACAUCCGAAGAUACUUUUGAAAAAACGAUUACACACUCUCAAAAGCUUCAAAUUGUCGAAGUUCCAAUUAUCAACAAUAAAUUUAAUAAAAAUCAGAAGAAAUCUAAGAAACGCGUUACUGAAGACUUGAAUCUGGGAAGCGAGGAGGUCAGUGAAAGUGAUAUUAAAGAAAUUGAGAUUGUUUCAACACCUACUAUUGAGUCUAUUCAGUCUCAGGAUUCAGAUAAACCAGAUUCGAGCCAAGAUGAAUCAGUAUCAGAGAAAAAGAAAUCGAAAAAGAAGAAGCACAAAAAGAAACAUAACGAAGAAAAGGAUAAAACACCCGUUUUUACGAUCACCGAAGAAAUUCUAAUAAUUCCGGAACAUGAGGAAAAAUUGGUCAAACAUGAAACACAGAGUAAACAGAAAAAGAAGAAGAAAGACAAAAAGGGAAUAAAAGCAGAAAUAGUUACAGAAAAUCUAGUUAUCGAAGAAGAUGUAACUCACACUGAAACAAUUAAGGAACAAGAAAUACCUGAAAUAGUUUUAAAAGAAACCUUUGAAAACCAAAAUGUAGAAACUGUUACUAUUGAAGAUGAGAAAGAUUUCAAUCAAUCUUCAGAGCUUCAGAAAGAAAUCCAUACAGUGGGACAACAUAUAUUAAAAGAACCUAAUGUAAUAGAAAAGAAAGUUGAAUAUCGAGGACUCCCGAUCGACGCAUCAUCUUCAGCUUUUAUUGAUGUUUUGGACGAACCACCAGUAUUUUCUGAUGAAGAAACCGACGAAAUAAGGAAAACGCUUGUAGACACAGUUUCAGAAAUAAUACCAGAAACGUCUAUUGACACAUCUUCAACCUUAGUUGAUAUCUCGAACGAGCCAUGUUUGGACUCAGUUAACGAAGAUUCUGAACAUAAUUUACAGAAAAUUGAGGCAACAAAUGUUGAGGAGGUAUCAAGUGCACUAACAGAGUCAACAAAUAUAAUUGAAGAGGUAGAAUUCACUAACGAAACUGCUUCAUCAUUUAAUGUUAUUUUGGAUGAAUCUUUAAAUAAAGAUGCAGAUGUACCUGAAGGAACGCCUGUAGAAGAAGUUUCAGAAACAGUACUUGAAACUCCUGUUACAGAAACGAUAACUGAAAAUAAAGGAUUAGCACUUGAAGAAACUAUAACAGUAUCUGAUUACGAGGAAAAUCCGUAUACAAAUAUUUCUGAAAAUGAACAAUCUCAAACAAUUUUACAAAAGUCAUCAGUUGAAACCGAACGUAUUACUUCAGAACCCAUUUUAGACACCUUUUCAACUCUACCAGAAGAAGCAUCAACUAAACCAGAUCUUAUUAUUGAAAUGAAACCAGAAAGAACUCACUGGUCAUGGGAAGAUGGGUAUAAAACUAUAAAAGAAUCUCCAUUGGAUCAAAUAUUUGAUGUACUAACGUCUCAAAAUAUUUCCGAGAUUGCCAACAAUGAAGGAAAUGAUGAUAUUCAGACAACUGUAACAGAUCAAACUCCACCUAGUAUCUCAGAAACUAAAUUUAACUCUGAAGUAUCGGAAAAUAUUCCUGAAUCUCCUCUGUGGGACUGGGAAGAUGGUUUUAAAACCAAUAAAACAGAAAUAAUAGAAACUGAACCCGCUCCAGCCAUUAAAGAACCCCUUGAUAUUCAAACUGAUAAAGUAAUAGAAAAGGAAAAUGGUACUUCUAUUGAUGUACUGACUGAAGUACUUAUUAAAAAUACAACUAUUCAAUCCACAGUUGAAGAAGAGAAAACAGGGGAUAUACAGAAAGAUGAAAAGCCUUGUACUAAACAUUUGGAAGAAGAGCAAUUAGUAACAACCUUAAAAGACGAACUUUAUAAAGAUAUAGAUAGUUUCCAAUCAGUUACAUACAAUUUGAAAUACUUAGUUGAAGAAGAACAUCACUGGCAUGAGCAACAAAUAACAGAACACCAAAAUAUCAAACAAGAAGAGAUUGUAAAACUUGUAGAAUCUAUACCAGAAAAACAAUUUACUUCAGUUGAAGAGAAGGUUUUAAGUGCGCCUGUAGUAGUACCUGAAGAAAAUAUUACCCAAAAUAUAUUUAGGGAAAUAAACGAAUAUGCUUGGUUUAACUAUAACUUAAAAUACCUACUAGAGCAAGAACAUAUUUGGUAUGAACAAAAAGCAAGAGAAAAUAAAGUUAUAACUGUGCCUAAUGAACCUGAUACAAAUAAACUCGAUCAGCCAUCCGUAUUGGAAGAAUCAAUUACUGAUUCAAAACCCAUUGAAGAAUUAAUUCGGAAAGAAAUAAAUGACUAUAAGUCGGUUGCAUAUAAUUUAGAAUACUUGCUUGAGCAAGAACAAUUAUGGUAUGAAGAAAAGACAACCUCUAAGGAGUCUCAAAUUAUUCCAGUUUCGGAACAAGCAAAUGACAAAGAGGAUGAACAAAAAGAAAAGGCUAUAGUUGAACAAGUUAAAGAAAGUGAAAAAUCUGUUACUGUAGAGCAGAAAACUGAAGAACUCAAUAUAUUUAAACCGCCAAUUGUAACGGAAAAUAAAGUUGAUUACAAAGGUUUACCUAUAGACGAAAGUUCGUCCGAUUUUCUCGAUAUUCUUGAUGAACCUCCUGUAUUUUCUGAUGAGGAAGACGAAAAGAAGGAUGAGGUUAUAUUUGAACAAGAUAAAGGAAAUGAAGCACCUACUAUUUUAGAACAGAAAAUUGAGGAACCCGAAGUAGCUCCGCAACCUAUUAUAACAGAGAAGAAAGUCGAAUACAAAGGUUUACCCAUAGAUGAAAGUUCUGCAGAUUUUCUGGAUAUACUUGAUGAACCUCCUGUAUUUUCUGAUGAGGAAGACGAGCAAAAGGCUAUAGUUGAGCAAGAUAAAGAAACUCAAACACCCACUAUAAUAGAACAGAAAAUUGAGGAACCCGAAGUAGUUCCGCAACCUAUUAUAACAGAGAAGAAAGUCGAAUACAAAGGUUUACCUAUAGAUGAAAGUUCUGCAGACUUUCUGGAUAUACUUGAUGAACCUCCUGUAUUUCCUGAUGAGGAAGACGAGCAAAAGGAUGUGGCUAUAGUUGAGCAAGAUAAAGAAAGUCAAACACUUACUAUAGUAGAGAAGAAAAUUGAGGAAUCCGAAAUAGUUCCGCAACCUAUUAUAACAGAGAAAAAAGUCGAAUACAAAGGUUUACCUAUAGAUGAAAGUUCUGCAGAUUUUCUGGAUAUUCUUGAUGAACCUCCUGUAUUUUCUGAUGAGGAAGACGAGCAAAAGGAUGAGGCUAUAGUUCAGCAAGAUAAAGAAAGUCAAACACCCACUAUAGUAGAGCAGAAAAUUGAGGAACCCCAAGUAGUUCCGCAACCUAUUAUAACAGAGAAGAAAGUCGAAUACAAAGGUUUACCUAUAGAUGAAAGUUCUGCAGAUUUUCUGGAUAUACUUGAUGAACCUCCUGUAUUUUCUGAUCAAGAAGACGAGCAAAAGGAUGAGGCUAUAGUUGAGCAAGAUAAAGAAAGUCAAACACCUACUAUCGUAGAGCAGAAAAUUGAGGAACCCAAAGUAGUUCCGCAACCUAUUAUAACAGACAAGAAAGUCGAAUACAAAGGUUUACCUAUAGAUGAAAGUUCUGCAGAUUUUCUGGAUAUUCUUGAUGAACCUCCUGUAUUUUCUGAUGAGGAAGACGAACAAAAGGGUGAGGCUAUAAUUGAGCAAGAUAAAGAAAGUCAAACACCUACUAUAGUAGAGCAGAAAAUUGAGGAACCCGAAGUAGUUCCUAUUAUAACAGAGAAGAAAGUCGAAUACAAAGGUUUACCUAUAGAUGAAAGUUCUGCAGAUUUUCUUGAUAUUCUUGAUGAACCACCUGUAUUUUCCGAUGAGGAAGAAGAGCAAAAAGAUGAGGCUAUAGUUGAGCAAGGUAAAGAAAGUGCAACACCAAUUAUUGUAGAACAGAAAGUUGAGGAGCCCGAAAAAGUUGAACUUAUUUUGACACAGAAGAAAGUUGAAUACAAAGGUUUACCUAUUGACGAAAGUUCUGCAGAUUUUCUUGAUAUUCUUGAUGAACCACCUGUAUUUUCUGAUGAGGAAGACGAGAACAAAGGUGAGAUUAUAGUGGAACAAGACAAAGAAACUGAAACAUCUACUAAUGUGGAACAGAAAAUUGAGGAAAGCGAAAAAGUUCAGCAAACUAUUUUAACAGAGAAGAAACUUGAAUACAAAGGUUUACCUAUUGACGAAAGUUCUGCAGAUUUUAUUGAUAUUCUUGAUGAACCUCCUGUAUUUUCUGAUGAGGAAGAAGAGCAAAAAGAUGAGGUUAUAGUUGAGCAAGGUAAAGAAAGUGCAACACCUAUUAUUGUAGAACAGAAAGUUGAGGAGCCCGAAAAAGUUCAGGAACUUAUUUUAACACAGAAGAAAGUUGAAUACAAAGGUUUACCUAUUGACGAAAGUUCUGCAGAUUUUCUUGAUAUUCUUGAUGAACCACCUGUAUUUUCUGACGAGGAAGAUGAGAACAAAGGUGAGAUUAUAGUGGAACAAGACAAAGAAACUGAAACAUCUACUAAUGUGGAACAGAAAAUUGAGGCAAGCGAAAAAGUUCAGCAAACUAUUUUAACAGAGAAGAAAGUUGAAUACAAAGGUUUACCUAUAGAUGAAAGUUCUGCAGACUUUCUUGAUAUUCUUGAUGAACCUCCUGUAUUUUCUGAUGAGGAAGAAGAGCAAAAAGAUGAGGUUAUAGUUGAGCAAGGUAAAGAAAGUGCAACACCUAUUAUUGUAGAACAGAAAGUUGAGGAACCCGAAAAAGUUCAGGAACUUAUUUUAACACAGAAGAAAGUUGAAUACAAAGGUUUACCUAUUGACGAGAGUUCUGCAGAUUUUCUUGAUAUUCUUGAUAAUUCUCCUGUAUUUUCUGACGAGGAAGACGAGGCAAAAGAUGAGGCUAUAAUUGAGCAAAAUAAAGAAAGUGAAACACCUAUUAUAGAGCAAAAACUUGAGGAAGUCGAAAAUGUUCAGCAACAUAUUUUAACAGUAAAGAAAGUUGAAUACAAAGGUUUGCCUAUAGAUGAAAAUUCCUCAGAUUUUAUCAAUAUUCUCGAUGAACCUCCUGUAUUUUCUGAUGAGGAAAUCGAAGAAAAAGAUGAGCUUAUAGUUGAACAAGACAAAGAAAGUCAAAAACCUGCAAAAGAAAUGCCUCUUGGUGACUCUACUGCGGUGUUUGAGGAUAAUCUAGACCAACAACUAAAAGUUUCUGAUGAAGACCAACAGUUAAAUACUGUAACUACAACUGACACAACUGAAACAAAAUAUUCCCCGCUAUCACCCAAUUCUCCCGAAUUUGUCCCUAAAGUUGCACAAACAUUGCCCGACCUCAAAAGUUCAUCCACAAUGUUUAUAACGGAAGAAACCCGCGAGAGCAACAUUCUCCACGCGCCUGCCUCCGAAUUUGAAAAAUUCGUCGAAACAGCGACCGAAUUCGUUCCAAAAUCUACGUUGUCUACAGAAGCAAACGAAUUUGUGCCCAGGUCCGAGCUAUCGAGAUUAAAUCCAGAUGCCGCUGAAUUUGUUCCUACAACUGAACAAAGUUCCGUUAGUCAGCCCUAUACUUAUCAACUUCAAUAUCACGUUCAAGAACCGGCUUGGGAGUAUAGUAAAGUUGUCUAUGACUUGGUUGAAGACGAUUCAAAUUAUGAAAUUCCAGUAGAUCAUGCUAGUACAAUGUGGGUUAAUGAAAUGUUGCAGGAACCACAUGAAACGUUAAAGCCUGCUGAAAAUAAAAGGAAAAACAGCUUUAACAGAGAAGAAAAAGAGAGGCUAAACUUGCUGCCUAAAAACGUAGUUUCAGAAAUACAGACUAGCAGUACUACUGAUAUACCAGUAACAAAUACCGUGUGUUACACUGCAGAAAAGUUAGAAAUUAAACAUGAACCCAGAGUAAUAAAAACCACAACCCCAGAAAAGUCUCCUUCACCACAAAAAUCCCCUCCACCAGAGCAACUCGCUCCAGCAGAAAAAGCUGCUCCAUUAGAAGAAUUCACUUUAUCAGCACCGAUUGUAUCAGAAGAGAUUGAAGAGCCUAAGUUACAAACAGAACCUGAAAGACCAAGUGUACAAACUGAGGAUGAUAUUAAUACAGAACAUACUGAGAUAGUUACCGAUGAAGUAACAAAUGUUUGGCAGACUAUGAAAUUAAGUGGAAAAUCAUAUGCUGAUGUGGUAGCUGCAGGAGUUGCUGCUGAUGAUAAGCUACGAGAUAGAUCAAGCUCAAGUCAUCGUCAUACUUCCGUAAAGGAAGUACAGCCAAAAAAGAUUGAAAUAAAAGUGGAAGAAGUCGACGAAGAGUCAGUUAAACAAGAUGCACAACCAAAUACAGAAGGAUUUAUUGAGGUACCUAAAAAGAACAAAAGGUCUAGGUCAAAACAAAAGCCUGAGGAUCUUUCAUCACAAUUACAAUUAAAGGUAGAUCAUGAUGACGUACAAAAGCCUGUCGAGGAUACAGAAACAAAAUCCUUAAAAAGCCCUAGAAAAUCUAGAAGGAGAAACAAGUCACCUAAAGUCCCAAUAUCUCAAGAAAGUAGUGAUGUUAUUAUAUCUCAAGAGAUUGCGGAACUAAAACAAGAAAAUGAGGAUACUACCCCACAGUCUGCAAUCGAAGAUACUGAAACACUAAAACCAUUAGACCCAGUUGGUAUUACUUGGGCCAAAGUAGCAGCAACUAGCAGAGAUAAUUCUCCCUUACCUAAACAAGUAAGUGAACAUAAACCUGAAAAACUUCAUGAAUCUGCUAAUAUUAAAGAAACUAUUCAACAUGAAGACAGUACAAAACAAGCAGAUUUAGCAGAGCUAGAAGAAAUUGAAAAUAACGAUGAAAACACUAUUAAGGCGCCUCAGACUGAACAAGCAAGUGAAGUUGAAAUUGUUAGUGAGAAAGUUAGAACAGUAAUAGAAACAACAGAGGACCUGCAUGAAAUCAACACAACUGAUGGAAAAUUAACUUAUGCUAGUAUGGUAAAAGUUCCCAAAAGUAGGGAACCGUCUCCAAAAGAUAAAAACGAGCAACGUAUAGAUAAAGAUAAACCGCUCGCUGAAGAGGAUUCAAGAAAUAAGAAAAUUGAGAAGGAAAAGAAACAACCACGAAAAGAAAAGCAAGUUAAGAAGGGAGGACACAAAAUAAAAGAAAUUGUUGAUACAUCACACAAUGAAACAGUUUCUACUACAGCGGAUGAGUCAAACACAACAAUAAGCAAAUCAUUUAUAGAACAAGAGGUAAUAUCUGAAAUUAAACAGACAGAUCCACAUCACAUAACUUACGCAAAAGUAGCUGCGUCAAAUCUUCCUAAGCAUUUUGUUCAACAUGAGAUAGUUGUAAGUGAACCCUUACCGAAUAUACUUCAGGAUAGUGAAAUUAAGAGAGUUCCUCAAAAGAACAUUGAAAUCAAUAUAUCUGAACCAGAGAAAGAAACAGUAAGUAUUCCUAAAGAAGAAACAAUCCAUGUUCAAUCUAAGAAAAAGAAGAAGAACAGAAGUAGAUCUAGGUCUACACAGAAUGAACAAGUACAAAAUAUUGAAAGCGCUGAAAAACCUCUUCCAGAAGAAACUGAGAUAGUUACAACAAUAACAGAAAAAAUCGAUAACAAUAAUUCCGAAGACCUCCCAGUUGUAAAGUCAUGGGCAUCAAUUGUAAAAUCAGCAGAUGCUCCGAAAGAUGAAACAGAGAGACCGGAUAAAACUGUUAAGGACCAAAAAUCUUCUAAAUCUGUAAAAGAACCAGAAGAAGUUCUUAAAAAAGACAAAAAGAAUAAAGGAUUCGUCAGUUCUAUUAUAUCAACUCUAAAGAAUGCAGUUACUGGUAAAAGUGAUGAAGUCGGUGACAACGAGGCUUCAAGUAAAAAAUCUAAAAAGAAGAAUAAGAAGAAGAGUAAGGUUAAAGAAGCUGAACAAACAAUAGUAGAAUCUUCUGAUGAAAAAAUAUCUGAAGCAAAUGUAAUAGAUAAUAUUCCCGUUCCAGUUAAACAGCAAGUUGACAAGUUAGAAACUCAAGAAACGAUUGAUGACCAACCAAAAGUUACUGUGUUUGAUACGAUAGAACAAUCCAAAUCUACAAAAGAAUUGGUAGAUGCAUUUAUUUCCUCUGAAAUACAAGCUACAGUAGCAAGCAGUGUCGUAGAUGUAGAAAAAACACCAGAUCAACCAGAAUUGGUAUCUGAUAUAGAAGCUCAAGAUGCGUUACAGCAACAACCAGAAGUAAUACAAUGUGAAGCUGUUCAUAGUCCAGAGAUUUCAGUAACUGCGGAAUUAGAUAUUGAGUCAGAAGAAUCUAAGAAAACUUCUGGUGAAUACGAAGAAACUAUUGAAAAUAUAUCUACCGAAGUCUUAGAAGAAUCUAACACUGAAAUUUUAAAAGACAAUGAAGAAUUAAAUACCGUAGUACAACAACCGUUAUUUACUAAAGAAUCAACUGAAGUAAAAACUUUGCAAGAACCUACAGAAACUGUUACCGAGGAAAUAAACAAACCGCUUGAAGAUCUAGUUUCUAAAGAUUUGGAGAUCAAAUCUGAUUCUAUUGAAGAAAUAAGUCAGGAGAUAACAUCAGAAUUUGUAGACGAAAGAACACAGCCAGAACAAAGAGUUCUGGAAGAGAAAUUGGUAGAUAUUAAAGAAGUUAAGAUAGAGAAAACCAAAGAACAGGCAUCAGAAAACUUAUUAGAAAUAUCUGAAUCUAUUGAAACGAUACCUAAAGAAAAUCUAACAGAGAAAUUCAUUCUUAAUGAAAAAUUAACAUCUCAAUCGACAGAAGAAAUUGUCAAAAUUUCAGCAGAUGAAUCGUCGCUUAACAAGAAGUCCAAAAAGGAUAAGAAGUCAAAGAAGAGAGAGAAAAAAGAAAAACCUACUGAAAGCGAAUGGGUAGCUUUAGCUGCUGAGGAAAUAAGUGAACCAUCUGAAGAAGUGGUUUCUGAAAAGUUGGAAACAAGUUCUGAAGCUACACAAGAGAUAACUCAGCAGCAAUCGCAUGAUGUAAAAAGUGAUUUAGUAGUCUCAUCAUUUUCGGAACCAGUUAGUGAAAUUGAAUUAAAGUCAGAAUUUUUACACGAAGCACAAGAGGAAGAAUCGGUUAAAGAGCCAAUUUCUAAAUUGGUGCAAAAAGAACUAACCGAUAUUGCAGCAGCGGAAAUAGAACCAAAACUAGAACAAGCAACAGAUAACUUACUGAAGGUGUCCGUAAAUAUUGAAACUGUAUCCAAUGAAAAUGUGCUUAAAGAUUUAAUUUUUAAUGAGAAAUUGGUGUCUGAAUCUAUAGAACAAGUUAGCAAAACAACAGACCAACUAUCACCAACCAAAAAGUCGAAGAAAGAUAAAAAGGAAAAAGUAAAAUUAGAAAAACAAAAAUCUCAGGAAAGUGAUUCGGACGCUCCCAAAACCAACUUCAUUCAAUCUGUAGUCAAAAAAAUAUCUGAUGUGUUUACAAGAAAACCUAAAAAAGAUCAGAGAUCAUCUGAAAGUGAGCUACUGGUUCAAAAUUUAACGUUAGACGAAUCGUUUUGGAUUAGCAAAGCUAUUUACGACGAAGCAGAGACUGACUGGUAUACCCAGUUGAAUAAACAUCAAACAUCUGUGGUAACAGAAAUUAAAGUGAAAGAGGAAGAAAUUUGUCAUGAUGAUUUACCUUCAAACUUAUUGUUGGAUUCAUUAUGGUUAACUAAAGCUAUAUACGAUGAUGCUGAAGAGCAGUGGUUUAUAGAACAAGCGAAAAAAGUUCAAACUAAUGUUUCUGAUGACGUUAUAAAAGUACCAGAUCAUUCCCACGAUAAAGAUGACGAUGCAGAUAGCGGUUCUAGUGGUAGAGCAUCGCCUAGAACGAAACCAAGUGAUUCGGCUGGUUCUGGAGAACCUGGUUCUCAAUACAUGAUGUACACUCUUCCAGGAGGAGUGGCAGGCUGGAAAGAAACCAGCACGUAUCUUUCUGAAAUCGUGAACGACGAAUCGGUAGACUUGAAACCUACUGACGAAUCCUCAUCAUUACCUUCCUCACCUGUUCCUCCUCUAGAGACUUUAGAUCAUCAGCAGUCGCCACAGCCCAGUCAGGCAGCACCUGGACCACAAAGGAAGAAGGAACUUGAAGAUGAUGUGAAUAGACUGCAAAAAUCUUUGACUUUCACCGAAAUAUCAAUAGAAAAUUUACCCCUGGAAGGAUUUACUGAAAUGUUAGAUGCUUUAGAGCUUGUCACCGGCGAACUGAAGAAACAUGCCACCAAAGCCAUCCAGCUCGAAGGACAGGUUUUGAGACUAGGCUGUGACUUUGAAACCAGAGAACUAUCAGCUCAUUUGGCUGGAAUUCGUACCAGGAUAGCUACUCUAUUAUCCCAAGCAGAGAACGGACGCAUAGUUGUCUUGAACGCUCAGUCGGUUCAAAAGAAGAGACGCGAAGAGUUGGAACAAUAUCAAGAAGCCCUCCAUCAAAUAGAAGUAUGGAUAACGACGACUGUAGAGACGAUAAAUAGUUUUGUUUCGCCUACGGACGAAAAAGAAAUACAAGAUUACAUUUUGAGGUUUAACCAGCUAAAUCAAGAACUUUCCGAAAAAGAAAGAGCCUUGAAACGCCUCACAAAGGAUUUGGAGAAGUUUAAGAAAUAUCCCGAACUCGAGAAUCUAGUAACAGUGUUAAUCGAACAGUUAAAUAGUUUAUUUGUAGUGUUUACCGAACAAAAAACCUUAAUCGUUCAUAAAAUAGAGUAUCUAGAGACGGAGUUAGUGAAAGUUCGCGAAGAGAGAGUCAAGGCAACUCAAACCAGUGAUUUAUCUCUGGAAGCUACCUUGGAUUCUUCGUCUAUGCCCGUCGAGGAGGCUAAACCGACGAAGAGCAUUGUCGAGGAAUUUAUAACUGCCGAAAAAGCUACUCAACCGAUUGCAGAUAGUCAUACUCAAACUGGGAGAAGUCUAUCAUCACCUGAACCAGUUCGCGAAGAACCGUUGACUAAAGACUUUACCGUUACUUAUAAUCGACCAGUCGAUGCCCAAAUUCAAACGCAACUUUCGGAAUCUUCCGAACUCGAACAACAACCUAGAAAAGAGACGAUAGUUAUAUCAAAACGUACCUCUGGAGAACAGGAUAUUAUUCAAAUAGCGACCAAACCCAUGGCGGAUCCGGAACCAAUCGUUGAAGAACCCGACGAUUUACAGGUGGAAGCAAAUUACAGGAAGAGACCGGAAUCGGAAACCAGAAUCUCCGAAAUAAAUAUCAGCGCUCAGCCUAAUCAACCGUUCGAAACCGUUUUCGUUGAACCCGAUGAAACUACCACAGAAGUUAUCGUGGAUGCCGAUGGCACCAAACGAAUUAUCGUAAAGAAACUUCACAGAACCGUGGUUAGGCAACAACAGUCCGUCCAACAACAACAAUACACCACACUGAAAACUCUAACUGAAGGAGAUGGACCUCCAACCACUCAAUCCUUCUCGCAAAUAACUUUACAAGGUCAGCAAAGUAGUACUUCCAUAGCUUCGGGAGAUGGGCGAAAAGAAACACUCACGUCGCAACAGUACGGCGGUAAAGUCGUAUCUGGAGGACCGGAAGGUGAUGUCGACGUCAAAGAGUUCCAAUCAGAACCGGAAGUUCAUUACUCCGUCACAGGUAGUUCAAAACCCGGCAAUAUUAAUAUAGAAGGUUUGAAAUUACACCAAGGCGAUAUAACUUUAGUCGACAACGAACAAAAUAAGUUGGUACCUUUGGAUGAAGCUCAACUUACCUUAGACGGAAGUCACAUUCAAACCACCAGCUCUAGCGUUCGGGCCGUCGUGCAGCAAGUACGGCGCAGAAUUAUCCGAAAGACUCGAAGAAUCGUUAGGAAGACCGUGAUUAUUGAUGGAAAGGAACAUGUUACGGAAGAAGUUAUCGAAGAACCUGAAGAAGUCGAAGUUACUGAAGAAGGUAUUCCUAGAGUUAGCAUAAACGUGGUUAGAACCCAGGACGGAAAGAUUGUCGAAGAACAACAGUUCGGUGAUCAGCCGAUACCUCAACCUUCUGGAGUAACUGUUACUCGUUCAUCUACUACAGUGGUUCUUGACGCACAAGGGAGGCCAAAAGAAGACGUACCCGAAGGUGUAACAGUUAUUACAAGCGAAACCAAACCAGAGACAGUGUUCAAAACUUCCAGUCCUAAAGAAAAAUCAAAUGUAGUAGAUAUAAGUCAAGAAUUUCUACAGAAAACUGUUGCAGAACAACAAGACCAAAGGUACGUGGCCACUGAACCUGUAGUUGACGAGCAUGUAGCAUUAGAUACCACACAAACCCAAGUAGAUUCGGUAUCAAGUUCCUCUCUUACUAGGGAAUUUAUCGAACAGGAAAAGGCAAUUGCAAGCCCUUCACCUGAUAGUAGUAACAUUGAAGAAGCACAUCCCGUUGAUAAAGCACCUAAAAGUAAAAAAGAUAAGAAGAAGAAACGUAAAAAAGCUCCUAGUGACGAGUCUUCUAAAAUAACAAAUGUUGAUGAAUCUGUUUCUGUUGAAUUAGAAACGGCUGUUGAAGAUACUACCAAAGUUGAAUCGCCACAAAAAAAACCAACCGAAGUAGUUACCACAAAAGAAAUUGCACCAAAAGAAACAAGUACACCUACAGAAGAAAAACCACUAUCUCCAAUUAUAAUUGAAAGUCCUGUCGAUAUUAUUUCGCCUGAUGAAAAGCAAAUAACCUUAGAGGAGACUAUUAGAAUUGAUGAAUCUCAUGAAAGACCAAAGGAAGAAAUUAAUAUUUCUACUGAAGAAACAGUUGUUAAGGACGUUCCAUUGACUGAAUUAGGACUACAAGAGGAAACCAAAAAAGAACCAGUUGAAAGUGAUAUUGAUAUUAAGACAUCAAUUACAGAAACUGUCCGAGAUACUCUUGAAGACAUAGUAAAGGAACCUUUCUCUGUAUUCCAAAGUAAAACUGCUACAGUAACUACUAUUUUACCUACAGAGACAGAUGAUAAAUUUGUUUCGUUAAAAGAAGAUCAGACAUCAAUCCCAGAAAUUGUUUUAGAUACUCUUGAAGAUAAAGUAAAAGAACCUUUGUCUGAACUCCUAAGUGAAGCUACUACUGUAACUAUUUCACCUAAAGAGACAGAUGAUAAAUUUGUUUCGUUAAAAGAAGAUCAAGCUAAUUUGGAAACUCAAGAAGUAGAAAUUACACAAACGCAACAAAUAGUUCCAGUUUCUGCCACAACCGAAACAUUAGAGCCCAUAGAAGUAUCAAUUUCCGAAACAGAAAAUCUCCAACCAGAAAUUUUAGAAACCGAGUCAAGGGCAAUCAUUGAUCAGCAUAGUCCUAGUGCACCUCCAUUUGAGGAGGUUUAUCCAUCGUAUGUCACUCGUGAAAUCAAUGCAAAUAUUAUAGAAGAUUUCUUAUCCGGUGAACGAACACAUACCUCACAAGUGCCACUUUAUGAAGUUAAAACAACCCCAGAACAGACAUCAAUAGAAACUGCAGAAAUUGUAAAAAAAGAAACUGCUCAAAAACCAUCCGUCCAAGUUUUAGAUGGAAAGCAAGAGGAUAUAGUGCGAAUACCAUUAGAGAAAUCAUAUGUUGAGCGUAGUAUUGAAGAAGAAACUAAAAUUCUGGAGACAAAAAUUUCUGAACCAAUAGAUGUAACGCAGCAGCCAGAAAUAGAGACUGUUGUUGAAUUUGUUACUAAAGAACCAUCACCAGAUCUAAUAGAGAUUCCAUUAGAAAAGUCAUUACAAAGCACAACUAUAUCUGAAGCAAAACAAGUUUUGGAAUCCAAAUUUACUAGAGUUGAGCCAGAGCAAUUAGUAUUGCCAUCAAAAGAUUUAACUACAGUUACAACUGAAACAGUUCAAUCUUUUGAGCCAGAUGUGAUCAAAGAACAGGAAACAAUUAAAGCAUAUACCGUUCAACAUCCAUCAGAAAAUGUAUCAAUAGAUUUAUCACUGCAGGAAUCUCAGCCGGUAAUUCAAAUCCUUCAAACACCGCAGUUGAAACCUAAUGUACCUACCGUAUCAGAUUUUCUCAACAAAGAAAGGCAAAACGUUGAAAUUUCAUUAGCGUUGUCUGAAACAUCAUUAGUAAGUGAACCAAAAACUGAAGUCGUUGAAAAAGAACCCGAAAUACUUGAACCAGAAAAGAAAUCAAUCGAACAUUCACCGGUAAAAUCAAUUGAACCUUCGCCAAUUUUAGAAACAGAUAUUGAAAAAUCUCUGUCAAAAAUAUCGAGUGAACCAAUUGUAUCUCCAAUUGCGUCAAAAGAUGAAAGUGAACAUGAGAAAGUUUCUAGUCCAAGUGACAUUGACCACGGAGGUCGACGAAGUAAAAAGAAAAAGAAACAUAAACAAUCUAGCGAAAGCACAGUUGAAGAACCACAAGAAAUCGAAACCAAAGAAGAAUCCACUCAUACAUCUCUAGCUGAAUCUACGGACAUUUUUAUAGCAGACGAUUCAGUGGCUUCAGAGGAAACGCCUAAACCGACACUAGAAGCUUUCGAAGCUGCUAGCGAAUCUGAGGAGAUAUCUGAGAAGGCUCGAGACACUGGUUAUGAGGCAGAUAAAACGUUGGAUGAGAGUUUACCCGAUGAACACGACCAAGAAAAGAAAAAGAGAAAAAAGAAAAAACGUGGACAGAAAGUGAAAGUCAAAGAGUCUGAGGAAUCGAAUGUACCACAAUCUGUUUAUGAAACAACACCUAUCGGAGAAUCUGAAGCUGACGAAGAUUCUAAAAAAGCGGUUAAUAUUGAAGAGCCGGCCAAGAAAGCGAAGAAACGUAGAAAGGGCAAGAAAAAGGUCGAACAAGAUACUGAAGAGCCAGGUGUUACAGAAGAAGACAACAUUGAAGAUGAGACACCUGAUGUUGAAACUACAGAACCUGAAGUCGAAUCUAAAGACGAAACUAAGGUUUUAGAAGCCCACGAAGAAAUUAUUGUAUCUCCAAACGACACAUAUCGUACAAUUUCUAGUCAGUCAGAACCAGGUACAGUAAAAAUCAUAGAAGAAGAAGUUCUUAGACCAGAGAGUGAAUCUCCCAAGAAUAUUGUAACAGAAAUUGUUACUACUGUCCCUAUUAUUGAAGCAGUUAUUACUCAAGAAACUGUCUCUCAAACAACUCCACCAUUGGAGGAACCUGUUAAAACUCAACCACGACAAAUAGAGCCAUAUGAAACUGGGCCAGCGUCGACACAAACUUCGCCUGAAGUUCCAACUGAAACAGCUGAAGCCUUUACUCAACCGGAAGAAGUUACUUUUGUUGAAGCUGACGUAUCUGUCCGACCUGAAAUGCAAGAAUCAGAAACACAAAUUAUAACUGAAACAAGUGAUACUGUAACUCAGACUUCAAAGCCUGUAUCUCCUGAAAAAAUAUCACAAGAGAUUAAAGAAACCGUUGAAUUUUCCGUUCAAACAGUAACGCCAGAAAAACAGGAAGUAAUUGAUGAAAAUGUUCAAACCAUAACACCGGAACCACCAAGUGAACGAAGCGAGUCAGCAAUACAAACAGUUGUAGUCGACAGUAAAGAAAACGCUGUACAAACUAAUCCUCCAGAGCCUGUCUUGUCUAGCGAGAUUGCAAGUCAGGCCGAACCAAGUGUUUCUGAGUUCUCUGUACAAACAUCUCCGGAGCCAGAACCAAUACAAUCAGAACCUGUUGUUGCUCCACAACAGGUUGCAGAAGUAACUACUAUAGAAACCACUGAAAAUGUUACUCAAACUACUCCAAUUGUAUCUCCUAUCGUUUCACCUCGGGAAGAUAUUCCAAUAGAACCAGUAGAAACAUCGGAGACCCUUGUUCAAACUAGUCCUGUUAUAAUUAGCGAAAUUGGAGAACUUCCUAUUACACCAUCUCCAACGCCAACUAAGAGUUCCAGCGAGGAAUACGAAAUUCAAGUUCAAGCAGUACUGACAGUUCCCACUGACAGUUCCGAUGUAAUUUCAUUAUCUGAAGUGACGGAAAUUACUGAACCGUCUAAAGAAAUCUCUGAACAAAUAUCAGAAGAGUCAGCUAGUGACUAUUCGUCUGGAGAGUUCGAUGUUGAAGUUAAUGUCGAAGGUGCAGAAGUUAAAAAUCAAACUAUUACUUUCCUGGACUCAGAACGCGAAGGUGAUGGUAAGAAGAAAAGAAGAAAACGUAGAAAGCACAAGAAACCGAAAGAAUCGGAAGAAUCAGACAAUAAAGAAAAAGAUCAAUUUUCAGUAUUUCACAGACAGGCAUCUGGAAUUGACGCUCCCAAACGCAACGUUACAUUUUCCGAUGUUACUAAGAAGGGAUUAAGUUUUAAAGAACUCACCAAAACCGUAAAUAUAUUAGAAGAACCGACUAGUUUACCGGAACUAAUUCCUCAGCCAUAUGAGCACCAAGAGGCUCAAGUUAUUUCAAAAGUAUUUACGGAUAUUCCCGAAGAAAAGGUUCAAGAAAUAAAAGAGCUUAGUAAAGCGCCUGUCGAUCAAAUACAACCAACAAAAGAUAUAUCUCUUUCAGAUGUUGAUUCUGGUGUAACAGUAAAUGUGAGUAUUUCUGGUAACAUUUCGAAAGAUGUUGAAUUAGCUACUAAAGAUACCUAUACAGUAGUCGAACAAAAAGACAGUAUUGAACCUCAAAAAGCAACAUUUACUGUGGAGUCAAUUUUAACCGAGGCCGAAUUUAAAGAAAAGACACCCGAACCAGAAAUUCUAGUAGGUGCAGAUCAGGGAAAUAAAUCACAUAUAUCUUCUACUGUUGAGUUUUUAACAAAAGAACAAGAGCAUGAAACAGCCACUAAUACCUUUGAUAGUCGCCCAGAAAAUGUUGUUUUAAUAAACGAUAAACCAGUUAAAAUUGAUGAUAUUUCAACUAAGGACUUCACUGUAGAAGUUUCAGAAAAGGAAACAACUUCUGCUGAAAAACCAGUUAUAACAGAAGAACAACCAACUGUAAGAAGUGAUGAGUCUAAACAAAAGCCACCAGUUAAAACUAGGACAAAAGCAAAACAUGCCGCUACAGUUACAAUUGAGGAAGUGGAGGCUCCCUCUAUAAUAACAGACGUUCCUUUGACGCCAGCUUCAGACUCACCUUUGUCACCUCCAGAUUAUUCUACUUCUACCUGGAGGCAACCUGCUGAGAGUACAAUAGCCGAACGAGGUCCAGCAUCAUUUGAUGAAGUAGACAUCAGAUGGAACCAGGCUCAAUCUUUGGAAAGAAUUAAGAACCUUCAAAAUGCUAGGACAACUACUCAUUUAAGUAGUGUCCUGUAUAUAGCUACUUUGAACGAAAUAAUUAUUGAACAAAGUGUUGAGCAAAGAAACAUAAAUGUGCAACAAAACAUACAGGAAUUGAAGGAAGCUGUUGAAAAGCGUGAUGUAGAUAUGAUUCAACAAUCUGUGAUAACAACUGUAAAAACGAUAACUACUUGGUUAGAAACUAUUGAAUACAGAAUAUAUGUUAACAGACAACAAACUUCCGAGGGUCCAUCUAAGGAACGCGUGAACGAAUUCAAUCAUUUGAAAGAAGAAAUUGUUAAUAUAGAAGAAAAAGUCGAGGAGCUUCAAUUUGUCCUGCAACAAACAGAUACAAUUUAUAACGAAGACGAUAGAGAGAGAAUGAAAAGUUAUAUCGAUUCUCUGCAACGACAAGUCAAAAUUAUUGAAGAUGUUACUGAAGAGAAUGAACAACUAGCUUCUGGAGAUCUGAAGAGGUGGGAUGACUUUAUUGAUGGCGUAUCCAACAUUACUAAACGUAUACAUACCCUAACACGUCAACUUAGUGAUUUAAAAGAGUCUGACGCUUCUCCUCAAACUAAACUGAACGAAUUAGAAGAACUAGAAAAUGAAAACAGAAAUAUAAUUUUGAAAGCAGUGAAUUUAAUCGCUACUGCAAAAUGUUUGUUGAGAGAUUAUCCAGGAAGGGAAAUUCCAAAUGAGGUCUACGUCAACCACGAUCUCAGCAAACAACUUGAACAACAAAUCGACGUAGAGAGACAAAAAGCUUUGACUUUACUAAAUCUCGCGUAUGAUUAUGAACAGACUCUAAAAGAAUUCAGUCAAAUUAUUGAAUCGGCAGGGGUACUGGUUGAAAGUCCUGUAUCCGUUAGAAACCUCGAACAUCUAGAGGACGAAAUGCAAACUCAUCGCAAGAUAUUCGUUAAUCUCAGCCACUGUAGAGCUAUUCUGGAAUCUCUGGAAGAAAAUCUAGAUUCGGAAACUAGAGCUAUUCAUUCUGAAUUGCAUCAAGACUUGUACGAAAGAUCGAAAAUCAUUCUCGACAAAUCAACCGGAAGAUUCCAAUUAAUGUCCUUGGCUGCCUCAAGAUGGACCGUUUUGGAACAAGGAACCAGAGAGGAAAUCAGAUGGUUACAAGUUGCCCAACAACGUGUACCUGAGCUCAACAACGUCACGUCGUCUGAUUAUGACAGAUAUAUCGAUUUAUGUAAUUCGUUAGCCCUAGACAUCUCUCAUCAUCAUGCUAAGCUGUUACAUCUUCAUAAUGUUGCUGUAAAAUUACAAGAGCUGGUAGAAUGUUCAGGAAUUGAGCAAACAUACGUAGAAUCUCUGGAGAUCAUUACGAGGUUACAAGAAGACGUUCAGAGUAACCUAACAAGACUUUUAUCAUUUGGCGAGUCUUGGAGUAUUUACAAUAUACUGAGUGACAAGGUUGAGACGUGGUUAAGAGAUGUUCAAGUGCAGUUGAAGAAAAUGGAGAUUCCUGGACCUCGAGGGCAUAUCAGACAAUUCUGGGAAUUAAAAGCACAACAUGAAGUUCACAAUACAGCCCGCCAGAAUUCGACUAAAGCCCUUGAAAAGUCCCUUCAAAUCGUACCAGUUUCGGACGAGAUGCUCCAAAGAAAAUUCCAUUCUGAACUCCAAACAGAAUGGUUAAAAGUAACAGACAAAAUAAACGGUAUUCAUUCGUCCAUCAUGAGUACUAUCUCCGCUCCUGACAUAUCUGUCAACGAAAAGCUAGCUUUACUCGAACAAGAGCUUCAAGAACUCAAGCAAGACGUAGAUAGUUUAGGUGGAGUGAUCAAGACUGAAGAAGAACUGAGCUUGUAUAUUGAGAGGUUGCAGAUUAUGUCAUCGAGAUUAGACACUAUCCAAAACGAACUUGGAAAGUUAGGAUUGUUGUCAGCUACCGAAUCAGAUAAAGUUGGUAGUUUGUUAGCUUUGUCCAAUCGUUUGGAAUCAGUUAUAUCUGAAGAACUCCAAGGAGGGCUUCUUGUUACUGAACGUUUACAAAACAUCCAGAAAGGUUUAGCACGUGUACGAAGGAAACAUUCUGAACUGGACAAAGCUUUGGAUCAGUGUGAAGGUACCGAAAAAAUGGGAAGCGACGCCAUAGAAAAAGCCAUCAACGAUUGUUACGAAGUCGGUGAAGAGUUAGUUACUCUCUGGCAAGACCUGAUGAGUGCUCGUCAACUCCUGCACACACUUCCAAUGAGGCUGAGGGCAACUGUAUCACCUCUGAAGGUGGAGAAGGAAAUUUCUCAACUCCAAGACGAUCAUACUGCGUUGGAGAAACGAUGCGGAGAAAUAUUGGCAUUGCUGAGGAGCAGAUUGACUUUGUGGCAACGAUUCGAACGACAAUUGGAGUUGGUACAACAGAGCGUCCAGGAAGCUGAUUUUAUGAUUGAGUUGCUGACUGUUCAGGGUACCGUGGAUUAUGAGAGAUUGAGGAAAGCAACAGAAAGACUCGAGGGACUUUCUGUGGACCUAACCUCGCGCGAGAACCUCGUAUCAGAGCUACGAGAGGCGGCCAAACCGUUGGCCGACAGCUGCACCCCCGAAGUAUCGGCCAAAGUCGAGGCGGCCGUGGCCGAAGCCGUGACGGCCUACAACACCACCUGCACCAACUUGAAGGAGCUGUGCACCAAGUACCAGAACGCGGCGGAGCUGUGGAAGCGGUACAAGGAGGCCAGCGAUCUGGUCAAAGAAUGGAUCGAUAAUCCGAUGGAAGGGGUGGAGGAUUUGCCGCCCGAAGAGGCCAUUCAGAAAGUCAAGAUUUGUGAAGAGACUUUGUCAGCUCACACCAAGCGCCUUGCCGAAUUGAGAGACCUGGUUUCUGACAUCGCCAGUGCCGUCGGGUUAGACGCCAAAGCGUUACUCGGAGGUGAAAUCGAAGCAUUGGGCAAGCGCCUGGAGGAUGUCCGUGAGAGUCUCACCACGCUCGCAGAUGUCGCCGAAGCCAAAACCAAAACCAAAAUCGAGUCAGAGAACCAAAUUGUUGGAACCAGAAAUUACCUAAAUUCUGUACAAAAGAGCGUGGAUGAUAUCCAAACUGGAGAUUUAGACUCUGAUACAGAGGAGAAACUUCAAGCUCUCAGAGAACACUUGAUAGCUCUAAGUCAGGCAGAAGGAAAAAUCCAAAAAAUCAAGGAUAAGACUGUCGAAAUAUCUACCACCACGACGGAGACUUCAGUAAUAGAAAUCCUUGAACUCUGGCAACAGGUGUUCAGGGAAACCUUCCAGCAGUAUCACCGACUGAGCACCAGAUUAGUUAAAAACGAAGAUGGAGCUGCAGCGCUUAGGUUGUGGCAAGAAUACCUCUUCAACGUGCAACAGUUCCUGCAAGGCAGCAUUCCCGGUGACUAUCAAAGCCUUUCCGAACAUCAACACUUAUGCCAAGUCCACCAAAACCUUCUCAGCACCCAGCAAAACGUGCUGAGACCCAUCGACAAGCAGGACGGUCAAUUGGCCAGCGGAUUAGUCGAAACUAGUGUCAUGGAACAAUUCAACUCCUUGACUAAUCUACACAACGAGACCCUUAGUCGGAUUAUUGACAGACAUAACGAAGUUCAAAAAAGAUUAGAGGCGUGGGAAAAGUACAGAAUCGACCAAAGUGCAUUGCUGGAUUGGUUGAAAAACCUCGAAAAAGAGAGAGAACAUAUGCAACUCCGUUAUCUUCACGUUAGACGCAUUCCAAAGCUGAUGACACGUAUUCAAGGACUUUUAGAUAGGAUCCCUCAAGGGGAAAAACAGGCAGAAAUUUUGCAGAAACAACAGAAUCUUCUUUUACAGUUUUGUGACGACGCUUUGGCAACGUCGAUCAGAAUGGAACACGUCGCUAUCAAGCAACGACUGUCGAAUCUACAGGCCGGUCUUGACACGUGGAAACAAUUUUUGGAACGUAUUUCCAGCUUAGUACUAACGCACGAAGACCGCGUUCAAGCCGUUCAAAAGUUAUUCGAUGGUAUUCAAGCCAUUAUCAAUGAAUCUCAGUCUCAACUACCAUCAUCUCAUGCUGGCAUCAGCGGACGCCUUGAGAUGCUUCAAAGAACUCGUGAGCGCUUGGCGUUUGCGGUUAAGGAUCUGGAACAACUAGGAUUAUCUCAAGAACAACUCAAAGAGUGUCUGAGUCCCUCUGACAUGAAGACGAUUAAUCAAAGAAUGUGGUUAUUGUGGCACCAACACGGCGACCUGGAUCACCAGCUGGCAAUGCUAUGUCACCAACUGGAAGAGAAACUAGGUAUAAAGGCAAUGUUCGAGACCAGACAAGCCAAGUUCAUAGCUUGGGCUGAUGAACUAGAGAGCCGAUUGGAAAAAGAGACUGCUGAGACUUUAGCUCUUGAUCCCAGGGAACUUUUACGAAAGUUAGAGGUGGAAUUACAAGCUGAAAUGUCGUUGAAAGAAAGAGAAUUUGACUGGUUAAUCAGAGUAGGCAGAGAGUUAGUUAGUUCGUGCGGAGAAGAGUAUGCUGACGUGACAGCAAAACAAAUCAUCCAAACCAGAACUGACGAUGUUCAAAACCGAUGGGAGAGGUUAGAUAAUCUCGGAAAGAGUAAAGCAAAUAAGAUCCAAGAUAUAAUCCAAACCACCUUACAACUAGAAGAAAGAAUUCGACAGAUCAGAGCUUGGUUAACGCAAAUAGAAAACCAGCUAGCUCAAACCAUCGUGUUCGAGUCCUGUACUAAAGAUGUUAUAGACAGAAAGCUAUCUGAACACGAUAAGCUAAAGAAAUCGAUUGAAAAUGAAAGCGCGAACAUAGGAGAAGUUCUCAACCUUUGCGAACUACUCCUCAGCGACGAAGAUAUGGUUAAAAGCCACUUUUCAACCGAGAAUUUGUCCAAUGCCGUUCAAAAUCUAGAGAAACGAUGGAAAAUCGUAUGUGGCCAGUCUGUUGAACGAAAAAAGAAACUCACCUUUGUCUGGAAGUUGCUUCAGGAAGUGUUGAAGCAGAGCAAUGAGCAGGAGUCUUGGUUAACAUCUCAUGAACAAAAACUUAAAGAAUUUGACCGACCUUUAUCUAAGUUAGAUCGCAAUGAAAUCCAACAACUGAUCUACCAAUUAGAGUCCGAGAUUAAGGAUAUCGAGUCACAUUUACCUGCUUUCCAAAUUUUGGAACAGACUUACUCGAAACUAGCCAGGACGAGCGGCACCGAUCCUCAAAACAUCCAGGAACUAACGUCGAAAGCUCGAGUGGUUAUCGCCAGGUGGCACAACCUGUUACCUAAAGCCCGAACUCUAUUAAAAGCUUUGCAAAACGAAUUGGCGCCUUUCAAAGAAUUCUCUUUGGCUCACGAAUCCGCUGUAGUUAACCUGAGUAAGAUCGACGGACUAUUAACUGAAAUCCAACACUUAGAAACAUCCGAAAACAGUUCUCCUCAGGAACGACUGAAAAAGUUAGAAGACUUGGAAAACCAGAUAUCUUUGCAGACUCCUACUUUGGAAAAAGCAGAUCAGUUGGGUUUGCAGAUCAUGAAGAAGAGCAAGAAGGAAGAAAUCUCGAAUAUACAACAGAUGAUCGACGAAUACCAAGUUCUCUGUAAGGAAAUUACAGACAGAAUAACUAUUUUGAAGACUGAAAUCAUAACAGAAAUACGAGAAUCGCCUCGAGAGGUCGACGAAAGUGUUCAAGUGGAAACUCUGAAGUUCGAACAGGACAAUGCUGUCCAAGUCAACACCUUACCGCCUCAGCUACAGAGGAUGACGUCAAUCAGCGCCAAAGAUGCUUACAAGGUCGAAUUAGAAGCGGCUUUAGAUGAAUGUAGGACUAGUCUUUUCGAACUGGAAGAGUUCGUGAACAAGGAAAUUCCCAAGCAAGGAUCUUCAGAACUUCCUACCAGCGGAAAGAAGAUCGCCAAGAUGUCAGCCAAAUGCCAGGCUGGUACAGAACUUGUGAGGCACCUUCACGAUAUGCUGAUCAACGAAUGUGACGCAUCUGACGAGGAAGCUAGCUCAGUGGAAGUCGAAGGUCUCCUGUUGAAGUUUAGCGAUCUCCUUGUCAGAGCCAAAGAAAAAGAACAGAAACUGAGGGAAUUAAGAACUACUGUGCCCGAUGCUUAUAACUUGUUAUGCCAACACGAGGCCGGAAGAGUACUCUGCCCGCUGUGCACCCGUCGCAACUGGGCCCAGUUGGACAACGACCUGUGGCGAUUAGAGAAGUGGCUCCAGGUGGCCGAAGGUAUCCAGAAGACGCGUAGGUCUCCCCCGUCCAACAUCGAGCAGCUGGAGGACAUGAUCCAGGACCACCACGAGUUCCUGCUGGAUUUGGACAGUCACAAGAGCAUCGUGAAUUCGCUGAACAUUGUCGGGACGCACUUGGCUGACCACACGGAGGACACGGAGAAAGCGGACGAGUUGAGGGGAAGGUUGGGGAAGGACAACAAGAGGUGGGAGAGUAUCUGUAGGGCUGCGGCCGCUUGGCAGUUGCAGUUGCAAAGAGCUCUCAUGGAGAACCAACAAUUCCGCGCCAUCAUCUCCGAACUGUGCACCUGGCUCGAGAGGAACGAGCGCAAAAUCCGCGCCUCCGAACCUGUGGACCUCACAGCGCCUCGCGACACCAUCGAGGCCAAGUUCCAGAACUUCCUCGAGCUGCGCGCCGAGCUGGAACGGUGCGAACCACGCGUCCUCAGCCUGCAAGAGGCGGCCAAUCAGCUGCUGCGCGAAGAGGCCGCUCCCGAAGGCUCGGAGGCCGUGCACAGGCGGCUCACCGACCUCCGCCUCAAACUGCAAUCACUCAUCAGGCUGACGGUGGUGUACACGCUGAAAUUGGGCGCGGUGCUGGGCCGAGACCCCAACGAAAUCGGUCUGGCCAUCGCGGCGGCCAGCCCUAGUAGCAACGCCGCACAGACGAUAGGCUAUGACCUUUUGGACCGACCUGAAGGGGACGAGACAACCGCAGCGGCACCCGGCGAUUCAGACAUCAAUGGUACUAUCGAUGACUCCCAAAUAAACACAUCGGUUCUGCGCAGAGGAUGCCGAUUCUUGGGUAGGGUAGCCAGGGCCUCCCUACCGAUCCAAGCCCUGAUGCUGCUGAUGUUAGGCGCCGCGUCCCUGGUACCCUACUCCGAAGACGAUUACGCCUGUUCCAUAGUGAACUCUAUCACGAACAGUCUGACGCCAACCCUGAGGUACAAUGACGGACCUCCACCCAUAUAGAUUCCAGUUUUUUUUUCGUCCAAAAAAAGACCCGUCUAGAUUAGGUUCUAAAAAUUCAUUCCAUGAAAUUUAUGUUCCCUUUUUUAUAUUGUUAACUGAAAGAAAACACACACUAGUUUGACUUAGGUUGUUAUUUUUUUCUAGAAUUUUAUAUUUUUGUUACUUAAAACAGAGCGGAAUAAUAUACUUUUGAUUUUUUUAUACGAUGUGAUUUUGUAAAUACUUUUGUGACUUAGGUAGGGACAACGUUUGAUCUGGCAGCUUUAAAUAGUUUAUAAACUGUGUUAACUUGCCUACUUUUUGUUAUGAGUUAAGCUCGAACGAGCUAUACAUAGUGGGCACCUACUAGGAUAUAGUUUUUAUAACCAUAUAAAAUUGUAUAUUAUCUUAUCUGUAUAUUGGGAUGGACGUGCAGAGCAUAUUUGCAUAAUCUUAUAUUAUAAAUUGUUGAUUUAUAUCAUGGUUGUGCAAAUUUAACCUGAAAAUUGAAUAGAAAUCGAUUUUCUCGUGGAUAAAACAAAGUGUACAGGAGCGGAUCUCUCCACUGCUUUUGUUCACUUAUGUUUUUUUUUAAAUAAAAUAAAAAUAAAACCUAAAAUAAAAAGCUCUCCAUUUUUGUUUUAGGUUAUGUAAAAUAUAACACUACUCAAAUUUUACAACUCAAUUAAAUUUCUACACCAAAAAAAGUCAACUCUCCAGACUUUUUUGGCGAAAUAAUAUUAAACAAACGUGCCAACUAUAUCUCUCUCCAAAGUUGCGCGUUUUCGUUAAAUAUUCUAAAAUAAAAAUCUCCCGUUUUAUUUUUGAAUUGUCCCUGUAGCAAAAUUAAUUGAGUUGUAAAACGUAUCAAAUAUAUCUACCGAUUAUUUUCAUUGUUGCUUGUUAAAAUAUAUUUUAUAUUAUCAGUAAUUUUAUAUGUGGCCUACGCGCACUUUUCAUUUUUUUUUGGAGCUAUUCACUUUUGUGUAUUCUGAACUAACCAAUUAUAUGCUUUGUUAAUUUUUUUUUAAUUUAUUUAGGAAGUUGAAGUUACUUAAAUACAGGAUUGUUUUUCUUAAAUAUCGUAUCCCCUUAGUUAUAUAUCCCUUAUUUAUAAAUAUAUACUUAAAAAUAAA